AUGGCCGAACGUCGCGGAAGGCCACCUAGAUUGCCACCGCCCCCAGAUUCGCAGUCAGAAAGGCCAACAUGGACCGUAACGCGAAGAGAGCGAACGGAACUUUCGCCAUUACGGUCAACUUCUCCAUUUCAAUCAAGAACGGUGACGACCACUGAACGGGUUCAGAUAUUACAAAUGCCUAUUACGCUCACAGACGAGCAAAUAGCUCCAGCUCGUCUACUAGCGCUUUCACCACACGGGAACACCAGCCAGUCAAUGUCGUCUACGGUGACAACAAUGCAGGCUGAAGGAACACCUUUGAUUUCCGGUGUCACAGCAGAUGGUACACCGCUUUUCAACGGGAUCUUAGUAUGCCCGGAGGCGAGACAUACUACAACUAUAAUUACCACGACAACCACCACCUACAGAAUGAUAGAAGUUAGCGAUAGCGAUUCCUUAUCGGACGAUUUUGAAAUAGUUGACGAUAACACGUUGACGGUAGAUGUACCCCUUGUUCCUUCUCCAACAACUUCUCCUCAGUACAUGAUAGUUGGAAAGACCGAAUCGGAAGUUCCUCUAUCUCCUGUCACCAGGUCGAGAAUGCAUAUUGAUCUCGACUUCCCUUCAAGGGCAAUAGUCGCAGGUACAGAAACGGAGGAGAAGACUGUAACUGAAACAGUGACAGUAGAGAAACAUAGAGAAGUUCUACCAGAAGAGUCACUACUUGAGAGAACUAUGGUGUACUAUCCGCAUGAUCAGAUCGCUUCCACGAGUGAUAGUGAAGCUACAACAAAUAUACAGAGCAGUAUCGAGCUCAAAACAAUUAGCACAUCUUCAGAAGAUGAAGACAUUGUUAUCGUUGGCACUGACAUGGUGGAAUUGAUUUCGAGUGGAAGUUCGUUUAGCGGGGAAAGAAUGGGAAAAUUACAGAAGAGCACACCACAGACUGAGUCCUUUGAAGAACAGAGGUCGCCCCUGAGCGAGCUGCCCGAAGAUUUCGAAAGGUUGGAAGAUACAUCUACGCCGACAAAAUUCUACGGGUUCCCCUCAACCGCUGCCUAUGAUGGCCCAAUGGAAAUCACGUCUCCUACUGAAGAUAUUAGAGGAGAACCUAUAAUACACCAUGUCAGCGUAUACCAUAGUGGGCGAUCCGACGAGCCACUAAUAAAAGAAGAAAAAACGAGCGAUACUACGGCUGAUAUUGCCAGAGCGCUUGGUGAUAAAAUAAUGCAUUUGUUUGCAAAACAAUCCUUCCCGUAUGAUUAUUUAUCCUUGGAACAAUAUAAAGGCCCCUUGGAAGCUACCAGUCGAAAAGAGGAUAUCGAGCCUCAACCUAUACAAAAUGUUGUCUCUCUAUAUCAUGAAGGAAGAUCAGAUAUCAAACAAGAGCCAACCGCAGCUUCACAAGGAGAAACCAUAUUGCAUGUCAAAGAUAUCUACUACGAUGAGCCAUCUAUUUUGGUUCCCGAGAGCAGAUCGGAAACCAGUUUUACUUACUCAGAUAAGGAAGGAUUUUCUGGUGUUGGCCAAGCUAAAGCAGAGUUUGAAGCAAUGCCAGCUCAAAAACACGAUGAAGAGAAGCGGCGGUCUUACUACGACGAUGGCGCUAAACCAUCUAUCACUGAUGAAAGUGUCAGCGAAACAACCAGAGAAAAGCAUUUCAUCUCUCAUGAUGAAAAACCGCUCUUAAGUGGGCUGAGUGCUGAAAAGGUUGAACAAGAGCCAGCAGCACACAGCGUAGAUUUUUACCACAACGGACACCCCGACAAGCCCCAAGCAUAUGAGAUUAUUGAGAAUGAAACAGUAUUAAACGUUAAAGACGUUUACUUUGACUAUCCUACUAUGGCAGCCUACGAAGGACCACUGGAGAGCACAACUCGCGUGACAGACAUCGAAGGUGAGCCUCUCACCUAUCAUGUGAGCGUGUACCACAGUGGCAGAUCUGACGAACCGGCACCUAAACCAGAGAAACCCGAAGAAGAGCCACUCGACAUCGCUGAAGCAGCCAAGGCUCUCGGUGGAAAGAUCAGUGGCUUCUUCAAGAAGGGUCCUGCUCAUCUCGACUAUCCCGUAUCGGAAGUCUACGAGGGACCACUUGACAGCACGAAUCGCGUCACUGACAUUGAAGGUGAACCACUCACCCACCAUGUCACAGUCUACCACAGCGGAAGAUCUGAUGAGCCAGUGCCGAAGCCAGAAGAAGAGCCCAGAAUUGACAUCGCUGAUGCUGCCAAGACCUUCGGUGACAAGAUCACUGGACUGUUCAAGAGAAGACCAACUAUUCCUGACUAUCCAAUAUCAGAACCGUACGAAGGUCCACUGGAAGCUACGAACAAACGAGAAGAUAUCGAAUCUCAGCCAAUUCACAAUAUCGUCACUGUGUAUCACAGUGGCCGAUCCGAUAUUCCUCAAGAGCCAGUCGCACCACCACCAGCUCCAGUCGAAGUUAUUGCAGUUGUUCCUGCAAGAGACAUGUACUACGACUAUCCUACUACGGCAGCCUACGAAGGACCACUGGAGAGCACAACUCGCGUGACAGACAUCGAAGGUGAGCCUCUCACCUAUCAUGUGAGCGUGUACCACAGUGGCAGAUCUGACGAACCGGCACCUAAACCAGAGAAACCCGAAGAAGAGCCACUCGACAUCGCUGAAGCAGCCAAGGCUCUCGGUGGAAAGAUCAGUGGCUUCUUCAAGAAGGGUCCUGCUCAUCUCGACUACCCCGUAUCGGAAGUCUACGAAGGACCACUUGACAGCACGAAUCGCGUCACUGACAUUGAAGGUGAACCACUCACCCACCAUGUCACAGUCUACCACAGCGGAAGAUCUGAUGAGCCGGUGCCGAAGCCAGAAGAAGAGCCCAGAAUUGACAUCGCUGAUGCUGCCAAGACCUUCGGUGACAAGAUCACUGGACUGUUCAAGAGAAGACCAACUAUUCCUGACUAUCCAAUAUCAGAACCGUACGAAGGUCCACUGGAAGCUACGAACAAACGAGAAGAUAUCGAAUCUCAGCCAAUUCACAAUAUCGUCACUGUGUAUCACAGUGGCCGAUCCGAUAUUCCUCAAGAGCCAGUCGCACCACCACCAGCUCCAGUCGAAGUUAUUGCAGUUGUUCCUGCAAGAGACAUGUACUACGACUAUCCUACUACGGCAGCCUACGAAGGACCACUGGAGAGCACAACUCGCGUGACAGACAUCGAAGGUGAGCCUCUCACCUAUCAUGUGAGCGUGUACCACAGUGGCAGAUCUGACGAACCGGCACCUAAACCAGAGAAACCCGAAGAAGCACUCGACAUCGCUGAAGCAGCCAAGGCUCUCGGUGGAAAGAUCAGUGGCUUCUUCAAGAAGGGUCCUGCUCAUCUCGACUAUCCCGUAUCGGAAGUCUACGAGGGACCACUUGACAGCACGAAUCGCGUCACUGACAUUGAAGGUGAACCACUCACCCACCAUGUCACAGUCUACCACAGCGGAAGAUCUGAUGAGCCAGUGCCGAAGCCAGAAGAAGAGCCCAGAAUUGACAUCGCUGAUGCUGCCAAGACCUUCGGUGACAAGAUCACUGGACUGUUCAAGAGAAGACCAACUAUUCCUGACUAUCCAAUAUCAGAACCGUACGAAGGUCCACUGGAAGCUACGAACAAACGAGAAGAUAUCGAAUCUCAGCCAAUUCACAAUAUCGUCACUGUGUAUCACAGUGGCCGAUCCGAUAUUCCUCAAGAGCCAGUCGCACCACCACCAGCUCCAGUCGAAGUUAUUGCAGUUGUUCCUGCAAGAGACAUGUACUACGACUAUCCUACUACGGCAGCCUACGAAGGACCACUGGAGAGCACAACUCGCGUGACAGACAUCGAAGGUGAGCCUCUCACCUAUCAUGUGAGCGUGUACCACAGUGGCAGAUCUGAUGAACCGGCACCUAAACCAGAGAAACCCGAAGAAGAGCCACUCGACAUCGCUGAAGUAGCCAAGACUCUCGGUGGAAAGAUCAGUGGCUUCUUCAAGGAGGGUCCCGCUCAUCUCGACUAUCCCGUAUCGGAAGUCUACGAGGGACCACUUGACAGCACGAAUCGCGUCACUGACAUUGAAGGUGAACCACUCACCCACCAUGUCACAGUCUACCACAGCGGAAGAUCUGAUGAGCCAGUGCCGAAGCCAGAAGAAGAGCCCAGAAUUGACAUCGCUGAUGCUGCCAAGACCUUCGGUGACAAGAUCACUGGACUGUUCAAGAGAAGACCAACUAUUCCUGACUAUCCAAUAUCAGAACCGUACGAAGGUCCACUGGAAGCUACGAACAAACGAGAAGAUAUCGAAUCUCAGCCAAUUCACAAUAUCGUCACUGUGUAUCACAGUGGCCGAUCCGAUAUUCCUCAAGAGCCAGUCGCACCACCACCAGCUCCAGUCGAAGUUAUUGCAGUUGUUCCUGCAAGAGACAUGUACUACGACUAUCCUACUACGGCAGCCUACGAAGGACCACUGGAGAGCACAACUCGCGUGACAGACAUCGAAGGUGAGCCUCUCACCUAUCAUGUGAGCGUGUACCACAGUGGCAGAUCUGACGAACCGGCACCUAAACCAGAGAAACCCGAAGAAGCACUCGACAUCGCUGAAGCAGCCAAGGCUCUCGGUGGAAAGAUCAGUGGCUUCUUCAAGAAGGGUCCUGCUCAUCUCGACUAUCCCGUAUCGGAAGUCUACGAGGGACCACUUGACAGCACGAAUCGCGUCACUGACAUUGAAGGUGAACCACUCACCCACCAUGUCACAGUCUACCACAGCGGAAGAUCUGAUGAGCCAGUGCCGAAGCCAGAAGAAGAGCCCAGAAUUGACAUCGCUGAUGCUGCCAAGACCUUCGGUGACAAGAUCACUGGACUGUUCAAGAGAAGACCAACUAUUCCUGACUAUCCAAUAUCAGAACCGUACGAAGGUCCACUGGAAGCUACGAACAAACGAGAAGAUAUCGAAUCUCAGCCAAUUCACAAUAUCGUCACUGUGUAUCACAGUGGCCGAUCCGAUAUUCCUCAAGAGCCAGUCGCACCACCACCAGCUCCAGUCGAAGUUAUUGCAGUUGUUCCUGCAAGAGACAUGUACUACGACUAUCCUACUACGGCAGCCUACGAAGGACCACUGGAGAGCACAACUCGCGUGACAGACAUCGAAGGUGAGCCUCUCACCUAUCAUGUGAGCGUGUACCACAGUGGCAGAUCUGACGAACCGGCACCUAAACCAGAGAAACCCGAAGAAGCACUCGACAUCGCUGAAGCAGCCAAGGCUCUCGGUGGAAAGAUCAGUGGCUUCUUCAAGAAGGGUCCUGCUCAUCUCGACUAUCCCGUAUCGGAAGUCUACGAGGGACCACUUGACAGCACGAAUCGCGUCACUGACAUUGAAGGUGAACCACUCACCCACCAUGUCACAGUCUACCACAGCGGAAGAUCUGAUGAGCCAGUGCCGAAGCCAGAAGAAGAGCCCAGAAUUGACAUCGCUGAUGCUGCCAAGACCUUCGGUGACAAGAUCACUGGACUGUUCAAGAGAAGACCAACUAUUCCUGACUAUCCAAUAUCAGAACCGUACGAAGGUCCACUGGAAGCUACGAACAAACGAGAAGAUAUCGAAUCUCAGCCAAUUCACAAUAUCGUCACUGUGUAUCACAGUGGCCGAUCCGAUAUUCCUCAAGAGCCAGUCGCACCACCACCAGCUCCAGUCGAAGUUAUUGCAGUUGUUCCUGCAAGAGACAUGUACUACGACUAUCCUACUACGGCAGCCUACGAAGGACCACUGGAGAGCACAACUCGCGUGACAGACAUCGAAGGUGAGCCUCUCACCUAUCAUGUGAGCGUGUACCACAGUGGCAGAUCUGAUGAACCGGCACCUAAACCAGAGAAACCCGAAGAAGAGCCACUCGACAUCGCUGAAGCAGCCAAGGCUCUCGGUGGAAAGAUCAGUGGCUUCUUCAAGGAGGGUCCUGCUCAUCUCGACUAUCCCGUAUCGGAAGUCUACGAGGGACCACUUGACAGCACGAAUCGCGUCACUGACAUUGAAGGUGAACCACUCACCCACCAUGUCACAGUCUACCACAGCGGAAGAUCUGAUGAGCCAGUGCCGAAGCCAGAAGAAGAGCCCAGAAUUGACAUCGCUGAUGCUGCCAAGACCUUCGGUGACAAGAUCACUGGACUGUUCAAGAGAAGACCAACUAUUCCUGACUAUCCAAUAUCAGAACCGUACGAAGGUCCACUGGAAGCUACGAACAAACGAGAAGAUAUCGAAUCUCAGCCAAUUCACAAUAUCGUCACUGUGUAUCACAGUGGCCGAUCCGAUAUUCCUCAAGAGCCAGUCGCACCACCACCAGCUCCAGUCGAAGUUAUUGCAGUUGUUCCUGCAAGAGACAUGUACUACGACUAUCCUACUACGGCAGCCUACGAAGGACCACUGGAGAGCACAACUCGCGUGACAGACAUCGAAGAGAAACCCGAAGAAGCACUCGACAUCGCUGAAGCAGCCAAGGCUCUCGGUGGAAAGAUCAGUGGCUUCUUCAAGAAGGGUCCUGCUCAUCUCGACUAUCCCGUAUCGGAAGUCUACGAGGGACCACUUGACAGCACGAAUCGCGUCACUGACAUUGAAGGUGAACCACUCACCCACCAUGUCACAGUCUACCACAGCGGAAGAUCUGAUGAGCCAGUGCCGAAGCCAGAAGAAGAGCCCAGAAUUGACAUCGCUGAUGCUGCCAAGACCUUCGGUGACAAGAUCACUGGACUGUUCAAGAGAAGACCAACUAUUCCUGACUAUCCAAUAUCAGAACCGUACGAAGGUCCACUGGAAGCUACGAACAAACGAGAAGAUAUCGAAUCUCAGCCAAUUCACAAUAUCGUCACUGUGUAUCACAGUGGCCGAUCCGAUAUUCCUCAAGAGCCAGUCGCACCACCACCAGCUCCAGUCGAAGUUAUUGCAGUUGUUCCUGCAAGAGACAUGUACUACGACUAUCCUACUACGGCAGCCUACGAAGGACCACUGGAGAGCACAACUCGCGUGACAGACAUCGAAGGUGAGCCUCUCACCUAUCAUGUGAGCGUGUACCACAGUGGCAGAUCUGAUGAACCGGCACCUAAACCAGAGAAACCCGAAGAAGAGCCACUCGACAUCGCUGAAGCAGCCAAGGCUCUCGGUGGAAAGAUCAGUGGCUUCUUCAAGGAGGGUCCUGCUCAUCUCGACUAUCCCGUAUCGGAAGUCUACGAGGGACCACUUGACAGCACGAAUCGCGUCACUGACAUUGAAGGUGAACCACUCACCCACCAUGUCACAGUCUACCACAGCGGAAGAUCUGAUGAGCCAGUGCCGAAGCCAGAAGAAGAGCCCAGAAUUGACAUCGCUGAUGCUGCCAAGACCUUCGGUGACAAGAUCACUGGACUGUUCAAGAGAAGACCAACUAUUCCUGACUAUCCAAUAUCAGAACCGUACGAAGGUCCACUGGAAGCUACGAACAAACGAGAAGAUAUCGAAUCUCAGCCAAUUCACAAUAUCGUCACUGUGUAUCACAGUGGCCGAUCCGAUAUUCCUCAAGAGCCAGUCGCACCACCACCAGCUCCAGUCGAAGUUAUUGCAGUUGUUCCUGCAAGAGACAUGUACUACGACUAUCCUACUACGGCAGCCUACGAAGGACCACUGGAGAGCACAACUCGCGUGACAGACAUCGAAGGUGAGCCUCUCACCUAUCAUGUGAGCGUGUACCACAGUGGCAGAUCUGAUGAACCGGCACCUAAACCAGAGAAACCCGAAGAAGAGCCACUCGACAUCGCUGAAGCAGCCAAGGCUCUCGGUGGAAAGAUCAGUGGCUUCUUCAAGAAGGGUCCUGCUCAUCUCGACUAUCCCGUAUCGGAAGUCUACGAGGGACCACUUGACAGCACGAAUCGCGUCACUGACAUUGAAGGUGAACCACUCACCCACCAUGUCACAGUCUACCACAGCGGAAGAUCUGAUGAGCCAGUGCCGAAGCCAGAAGAAGAGCCCAGAAUUGACAUCGCUGAUGCUGCCAAGACCUUCGGUGACAAGAUCACUGGACUGUUCAAGAGAAGACCAACUAUUCCUGACUAUCCAAUAUCAGAACCGUACGAAGGUCCACUGGAAGCUACGAACAAACGAGAAGAUAUCGAAUCUCAGCCAAUUCACAAUAUCGUCACUGUGUAUCACAGUGGCCGAUCCGAUAUUCCUCAAGAGCCAGUCGCACCACCACCAGCUCCAGUCGAAGUUAUUGCAGUUGUUCCUGCAAGAGACAUGUACUACGACUAUCCUACUACGGCAGCCUACGAAGGACCACUGGAGAGCACAACUCGCGUGACAGACAUCGAAGGUGAGCCUCUCACCUAUCAUGUGAGCGUGUACCACAGUGGCAGAUCUGAUGAACCGGCACCUAAACCAGAGAAACCCGAAGAAGAGCCACUCGACAUCGCUGAAGCAGCCAAGGCUCUCGGUGGAAAGAUCAGUGGCUUCUUCAAGAAGGGUCCUGCUCAUCUCGACUAUCCCGUAUCGGAAGUCUACGAGGGACCACUUGACAGCACGAAUCGCGUCACUGACAUUGAAGGUGAACCACUCACCCACCAUGUCACAGUCUACCACAGCGGAAGAUCUGAUGAGCCAGUGCCGAAGCCAGAAGAAGAGCCCAGAAUUGACAUCGCUGAUGCUGCCAAGACCUUCGGUGACAAGAUCACUGGACUGUUCAAGAGAAGACCAACUAUUCCUGACUAUCCAAUAUCAGAACCGUACGAAGGUCCACUGGAAGCUACGAACAAACGAGAAGAUAUCGAAUCUCAGCCAAUUCACAAUAUCGUCACUGUGUAUCACAGUGGCCGAUCCGAUAUUCCUCAAGAGCCAGUCGCACCACCACCAGCUCCAGUCGAAGUUAUUGCAGUUGUUCCUGCAAGAGACAUGUACUACGACUAUCCUACUACGGCAGCCUACGAAGGACCACUGGAAAGCACAACUCGCGUGACAGACAUCGAAGGUGAGCCUCUCACCUAUCAUGUGAGCGUGUACCACAGUGGCAGAUCUGAUGAACCGGCACCUAAACCAGAGAAACCCGAAGAAGAGCCACUCGACAUCGCUGAAGCAGCCAAGGCUCUCGGUGGAAAGAUCAGUGGCUUCUUCAAGAAGGGUCCUGCUCAUCUCGACUAUCCCGUAUCGGAAGUCUACGAGGGACCACUUGACAGCACGAAUCGCGUCACUGACAUUGAAGGUGAACCACUCACCCACCAUGUCACAGUCUACCACAGCGGAAGAUCUGAUGAGCCAGUGCCGAAGCCAGAAGAAGAGCCCAGAAUUGACAUCGCUGAUGCUGCCAAGACCUUCGGUGACAAGAUCACUGGACUGUUCAAGAGAAGACCAACUAUUCCUGACUAUCCAAUAUCAGAACCGUACGAAGGUCCACUGGAAGCUACGAACAAACGAGAAGAUAUCGAAUCUCAGCCAAUUCACAAUAUCGUCACUGUGUAUCACAGUGGCCGAUCCGAUAUUCCUCAAGAGCCAGUCGCACCACCACCAGCUCCAGUCGAAGUUAUUGCAGUUGUUCCUGCAAGAGACAUGUACUACGACUAUCCUACUACGGCAGCCUACGAAGGACCACUGGAAAGCACAACUCGCGUGACAGACAUCGAAGGUGAGCCUCUCACCUAUCAUGUGAGCGUGUACCACAGUGGCAGAUCUGAUGAACCGGCACCUAAACCAGAGAAACCCGAAGAAGAGCCACUCGACAUCGCUGAAGCAGCCAAGGCUCUCGGUGGAAAGAUCAGUGGCUUCUUCAAGAAGGGUCCUGCUCAUCUCGACUAUCCCGUAUCGGAAGUCUACGAGGGACCACUUGACAGCACGAAUCGCGUCACUGACAUUGAAGGUGAACCACUCACCCACCAUGUCACAGUCUACCACAGCGGAAGAUCUGAUGAGCCAGUGCCGAAGCCAGAAGAAGAGCCCAGAAUUGACAUCGCUGAUGCUGCCAAGACCUUCGGUGACAAGAUCACUGGACUGUUCAAGAGAAGACCAACUAUUCCUGACUAUCCAAUAUCAGAACCGUACGAAGGUCCACUGGAAGCUACGAACAAACGAGAAGAUAUCGAAUCUCAGCCAAUUCACAAUAUCGUCACUGUGUAUCACAGUGGCCGAUCCGAUAUUCCUCAAGAGCCAGUCGCACCACCACCAGCUCCAGUCGAAGUUAUUGCAGUUGUUCCUGCAAGAGACAUGUACUACGACUAUCCUACUACGGCAGCCUACGAAGGACCACUGGAGAGCACAACUCGCGUGACAGACAUCGAAGGUGAGCCUCUCACCUAUCAUGUGAGCGUGUACCACAGUGGCAGAUCUGAUGAACCGGCACCUAAACCAGAGAAACCCGAAGAAGAGCCACUCGACAUCGCUGAAGCAGCCAAGGCUCUCGGUGGAAAGAUCAGUGGCUUCUUCAAGAAGGGUCCUGCUCAUCUCGACUAUCCCGUAUCGGAAGUCUACGAGGGACCACUUGACAGCACGAAUCGCGUCACUGACAUUGAAGGUGAACCACUCACCCACCAUGUCACAGUCUACCACAGCGGAAGAUCUGAUGAGCCAGUGCCGAAGCCAGAAGAAGAGCCCAGAAUUGACAUCGCUGAUGCUGCCAAGACCUUCGGUGACAAGAUCACUGGACUGUUCAAGAGAAGACCAACUAUUCCUGACUAUCCAAUAUCAGAACCGUACGAAGGUCCACUGGAAGCUACGAACAAACGAGAAGAUAUCGAAUCUCAGCCAAUUCACAAUAUCGUCACUGUGUAUCACAGUGGCCGAUCCGAUAUUCCUCAAGAGCCAGUCGCACCACCACCAGCUCCAGUCGAAGUUGUUGCAGUUGUUCCUGCAAGAGACAUGUACUACGACUAUCCUACUACGGCAGCCUACGAAGGACCACUGGAGAGCACAACUCGCGUGACAGACAUCGAAGGUGAGCCUCUCACCUAUCAUGUGAGCGUGUACCACAGUGGCAGAUCUGAUGAACCGGCACCUAAACCAGAGAAACCCGAAGAAGAGCCACUCGACAUCGCUGAAGCAGCCAAGGCUCUCGGUGGAAAGAUCAGUGGCUUCUUCAAGAAGGGUCCUGCUCAUCUCGACUAUCCCGUAUCGGAAGUCUACGAGGGACCACUUGACAGCACGAAUCGCGUCACUGACAUUGAAGGUGAACCACUCACCCACCAUGUCACAGUCUACCACAGCGGAAGAUCUGAUGAGCCAGUGCCGAAGCCAGAAGAAGAGCCCAGAAUUGACAUCGCUGAUGCUGCCAAGACCUUCGGUGACAAGAUCACUGGACUGUUCAAGAGGAGACCAACUAUUCCUGACUAUCCAAUAUCAGAACCGUACGAAGGUCCACUGGAAGCUACGAACAAACGAGAAGAUAUCGAAUCUCAGCCAAUUCACAAUAUCGUCACUGUGUAUCACAGUGGCCGAUCCGAUAUUCCUCAAGAGCCAGUCGCACCACCACCAGCUCCAGUCGAAGUUAUUGCAGUUGUUCCUGCAAGAGACAUGUACUACGACUAUCCUACUACGGCAGCCUACGAAGGACCACUGGAGAGCACAACUCGCGUGACAGACAUCGAAGGUGAGCCUCUCACCUAUCAUGUGAGCGUGUACCACAGUGGCAGAUCUGAUGAACCGGCACCUAAACCAGAGAAACCCGAAGAAGAGCCACUCGACAUCGCUGAAGCAGCCAAGGCUCUCGGUGGAAAGAUCAGUGGCUUCUUCAAGAAGGGUCCUGCUCAUCUCGACUAUCCCGUAUCGGAAGUCUACGAGGGAUCACUUGACAGCACGAAUCGCGUCACUGACAUUGAAGGUGAACCACUCACCCACCAUGUCACAGUCUACCACAGCGGAAGAUCUGAUGAGCCAAUGCCGAAGCCAGAAGAAGAGCCCAGAAUUGACAUCGCUGAUGCUGCCAAGACCUUCGGUGACAAGAUCACUGGACUGUUCAAGAGAAGACCAACUAUUCCUGACUAUCCAAUUUCAGAACCGUACGAAGGUCCACUGGAAGCUACGAACAAACGAGAAGAUAUCGAAUUUCAGCCAAUUCACAAUAUCGUCACUGUGUAUCACAGUGGCCGAUCCGAUAUUCCUCAAGAGCCAGUCGCACCACCACCAGCUCCAGUCGAAGUUAUUGCAGUUGUUCCUGCAAGAGACAUGUACUACGACUAUCCUACUACGGCAGCCUACGAAGGACCACUGGAGAGCACAACUCGCGUGACAGACAUCGAAGGUGAGCCUCUCACCUAUCAUGUGAGCGUGUACCACAGUGGCAGAUCUGAUGAACCGGCACCUAAACCAGAGAAACCCGAAGAAGAGCCACUCGACAUCGCUGAAGCAGCCAAGGCUCUCGGUGGAAAGAUCAGUGGCUUCUUCAAGAAGGGUCCUGCUCAUCUCGACUAUCCCGUAUCGGAAGUCUACGAGGGACCACUUGACAGCACGAAUCGCGUCACUGACAUUGAAGGUGAACCACUCACCCACCAUGUCACAGUCUACCACAGCGGAAGAUCUGAUGAGCCAGUGCCGAAGCCAGAAGAAGAGCCCAGAAUUGACAUCGCUGAUGCUGCCAAGACCUUCGGUGACAAGAUCACUGGACUGUUCAAGAGAAGACCAACUAUUCCUGACUAUCCAAUAUCAGAACCGUGCGAAGGUCCACUGGAAGCUACGAACAAACGAGAAGAUAUCGAAUCUCAGCCAAUUCACAAUAUCGUCACUGUGUAUCACAGUGGCCGAUCCGAUAUUCCUCAAGAGCCAGUCGCACCACCACCAGCUCCAGUCGAAGUUAUUGCAGUUGUUCCUGCAAGAGACAUGUACUACGACUAUCCUACUACGGCAGCCUACGAAGGACCACUGGAGAGCACAACUCGCGUGACAGACAUCGAAGGUGAGCCUCUCACCUAUCAUGUGAGCGUGUACCACAGUGGCAGAUCUGAUGAACCGGCACCUAAACCAGAGAAACCCGAAGAAGAGCCACUCGACAUCGCUGAAGCAGCCAAGGCUCUCGGUGGAAAGAUCAGUGGCUUCUUCAAGAAGGGUCCUGCUCAUCUCGACUAUCCCGUAUCGGAAGUCUACGAGGGACCACUUGACAGCACGAAUCGCGUCACUGACAUUGAAGGUGAACCACUCACCCACCAUGUCACAGUCUACCACAGCGGAAGAUCUGAUGAGCCAGUGCCGAAGCCAGAAGAAGAGCCCAGAAUUGACAUCGCUGAUGCUGCCAAGACCUUCGGUGACAAGAUCACUGGACUGUUCAAGAGAAGACCAACUAUUCCUGACUAUCCAAUAUCAGAACCGUACGAAGGUCCACUGGAAGCUACGAACAAACGAGAAGAUAUCGAAUCUCAGCCAAUUCACAAUAUCGUCACUGUGUAUCACAGUGGCCGAUCCGAUAUUCCUCAAGAGCCAGUCGCACCACCACCAGCUCCAGUCGAAGUUAUUGCAGUUGUUCCUGCAAGAGACAUGUACUACGACUAUCCUACUACGGCAGCCUACGAAGGACCACUGGAGAGCACAACUCGCGUGACAGACAUCGAAGGUGAGCCUCUCACCUAUCAUGUGAGCGUGUACCACAGUGGCAGAUCUGAUGAACCGGCACCUAAACCAGAGAAACCCGAAGAAGAGCCACUCGACAUCGCUGAAGCAGCCAAGGCUCUCGGUGGAAAGAUCAGUGGCUUCUUCAAGAAGGGUCCUGCUCAUCUCGACUAUCCCGUAUCGGAAGUCUACGAGGGACCACUUGACAGCACGAAUCGCGUCACUGACAUUGAAGGUGAACCACUCACCCACCAUGUCACAGUCUACCACAGCGGAAGAUCUGAUGAGCCAAUGCCGAAGCCAGAAGAAGAGCCCAGAAUUGACAUCGCUGAUGCUGCCAAGACCUUCGGUGACAAGAUCACUGGACUGUUCAAGAGAAGACCAACUAUUCCUGACUAUCCAAUUUCAGAACCGUACGAAGGUCCACUGGAAGCUACGAACAAACGAGAAGAUAUCGAAUCUCAGCCAAUUCACAAUAUCGUCACUGUGUAUCACAGUGGCCGAUCCGAUAUUCCUCAAGAGCCAGUCGCACCACCACCAGCUCCAGUCGAAGUUAUUGCAGUUGUUCCUGCAAGAGACAUGUACUACGACUAUCCUACUACGGCAGCCUACGAAGGACCACUGGAGAGCACAACUCGCGUGACAGACAUCGAAGGUGAGCCUCUCACCUAUCAUGUGAGCGUGUACCACAGUGGCAGAUCUGAUGAACCGGCACCUAAACCAGAGAAACCCGAAGAAGAGCCACUCGACAUCGCUGAAGCAGCCAAGGCUCUCGGUGGAAAGAUCAGUGGCUUCUUCAAGAAGGGUCCUGCUCAUCUCGACUAUCCCGUAUCGGAAGUCUACGAGGGACCACUUGACAGCACGAAUCGCGUCACUGACAUUGAAGGUGAACCACUCACCCACCAUGUCACAGUCUACCACAGCGGAAGAUCUGAUGAGCCAAUGCCGAAGCCAGAAGAAGAGCCCAGAAUUGACAUCGCUGAUGCUGCCAAGACCUUCGGUGACAAGAUCACUGGACUGUUCAAGAGAAGACCAACUAUUCCUGACUAUCCAAUUUCAGAACCGUACGAAGGUCCACUGGAAGCUACGAACAAACGAGAAGAUAUCGAAUCUCAGCCAAUUCACAAUAUCGUCACUGUGUAUCACAGUGGCCGAUCCGAUAUUCCUCAAGAGCCAGUCGCACCACCACCAGCUCCAGUCGAAGUUAUUGCAGUUGUUCCUGCAAGAGACAUGUACUACGACUAUCCUACUACGGCAGCCUACGAAGGACCACUGGAGAGCACAACUCGCGUGACAGACAUCGAAGGUGAGCCUCUCACCUAUCAUGUGAGCGUGUACCACAGUGGCAGAUCUGAUGAACCGGCACCUAAACCAGAGAAACCCGAAGAAGAGCCACUCGACAUCGCUGAAGCAGCCAAGGCUCUCGGUGGAAAGAUCAGUGGCUUCUUCAAGAAGGGUCCUGCUCAUCUCGACUAUCCCGUAUCGGAAGUCUACGAGGGACCACUUGACAGCACGAAUCGCGUCACUGACAUUGAAGGUGAACCACUCACCCACCAUGUCACAGUCUACCACAGCGGAAGAUCUGAUGAGCCAGUGCCGAAGCCAGAAGAAGAGCCCAGAAUUGACAUCGCUGAUGCUGCCAAGACCUUCGGUGACAAGAUCACUGGACUGUUCAAGAGAAGACCAACUAUUCCUGACUAUCCAAUAUCAGAACCGUACGAAGGUCCACUGGAAGCUACGAACAAACGAGAAGAUAUCGAAUCUCAGCCAAUUCACAAUAUCGUCACUGUGUAUCACAGUGGCCGAUCCGAUAUUCCUCAAGAGCCAGUCGCACCACCACCAGCUCCAGUCGAAGUUAUUGCAGUUGUUCCUGCAAGAGACAUGUACUACGACUAUCCUACUACGGCAGCCUACGAAGGACCACUGGAGAGCACAACUCGCGUGACAGACAUCGAAGGUGAGCCUCUCACCUAUCAUGUGAGCGUGUACCACAGUGGCAGAUCUGAUGAACCGGCACCUAAACCAGAGAAACCCGAAGAAGAGCCACUCGACAUCGCUGAAGCAGCCAAGGCUCUCGGUGGAAAGAUCAGUGGCUUCUUCAAGAAGGGUCCUGCUCAUCUCGACUAUCCCGUAUCGGAAGUCUACGAGGGACCACUUGACAGCACGAAUCGCGUCACUGACAUUGAAGGUGAACCACUCACCCACCAUGUCACAGUCUACCACAGCGGAAGAUCUGAUGAGCCAAUGCCGAAGCCAGAAGAAGAGCCCAGAAUUGACAUCGCUGAUGCUGCCAAGACCUUCGGUGACAAGAUCACUGGACUGUUCAAGAGAAGACCAACUAUUCCUGACUAUCCAAUUUCAGAACCGUACGAAGGUCCACUGGAAGCUACGAACAAACGAGAAGAUAUCGAAUCUCAGCCAAUUCACAAUAUCGUCACUGUGUAUCACAGUGGCCGAUCCGAUAUUCCUCAAGAGCCAGUCGCACCACCACCAGCUCCAGUCGAAGUUAUUGCAGUUGUUCCUGCAAGAGACAUGUACUACGACUAUCCUACUACGGCAGCCUACGAAGGACCACUGGAGAGCACAACUCGCGUGACAGACAUCGAAGGUGAGCCUCUCACCUAUCAUGUGAGCGUGUACCACAGUGGCAGAUCUGAUGAACCGGCACCUAAACCAGAGAAACCCGAAGAAGAGCCACUCGACAUCGCUGAAGCAGCCAAGGCUCUCGGUGGAAAGAUCAGUGGCUUCUUCAAGAAGGGUCCUGCUCAUCUCGACUAUCCCGUAUCGGAAGUCUACGAGGGACCACUUGACAGCACGAAUCGCGUCACUGACAUUGAAGGUGAACCACUCACCCACCAUGUCACAGUCUACCACAGCGGAAGAUCUGAUGAGCCAAUGCCGAAGCCAGAAGAAGAGCCCAGAAUUGACAUCGCUGAUGCUGCCAAGACCUUCGGUGACAAGAUCACUGGACUGUUCAAGAGAAGACCAACUAUUCCUGACUAUCCAAUUUCAGAACCGUACGAAGGUCCACUGGAAGCUACGAACAAACGAGAAGAUAUCGAAUCUCAGCCAAUUCACAAUAUCGUCACUGUGUAUCACAGUGGCCGAUCCGAUAUUCCUCAAGAGCCAGUCGCACCACCACCAGCUCCAGUCGAAGUUAUUGCAGUUGUUCCUGCAAGAGACAUGUACUACGACUAUCCUACUACGGCAGCCUACGAAGGACCACUGGAGAGCACAACUCGCGUGACAGACAUCGAAGGUGAGCCUCUCACCUAUCAUGUGAGCGUGUACCACAGUGGCAGAUCUGAUGAACCGGCACCUAAACCAGAGAAACCCGAAGAAGAGCCACUCGACAUCGCUGAAGCAGCCAAGGCUCUCGGUGGAAAGAUCAGUGGCUUCUUCAAGAAGGGUCCUGCUCAUCUCGACUAUCCCGUAUCGGAAGUCUACGAGGGACCACUUGACAGCACGAAUCGCGUCACUGACAUUGAAGGUGAACCACUCACCCACCAUGUCACAGUCUACCACAGCGGAAGAUCUGAUGAGCCAAUGCCGAAGCCAGAAGAAGAGCCCAGAAUUGACAUCGCUGAUGCUGCCAAGACCUUCGGUGACAAGAUCACUGGACUGUUCAAGAGAAGACCAACUAUUCCUGACUAUCCAAUUUCAGAACCGUACGAAGGUCCACUGGAAGCUACGAACAAACGAGAAGAUAUCGAAUCUCAGCCAAUUCACAAUAUCGUCACUGUGUAUCACAGUGGCCGAUCCGAUAUUUCUCAAGAGCCAGUCGCACCACCACCAGCUCCAGUCGAAGUUAUUGCAGUUGUUCCUGCAAGAGACAUGUACUACGACUAUCCUUCUACGGCAGCCUACGAAGGACCACUGGAGAGCACAACUCGCGUGACAGACAUCGAAGGUGAGCCUCUCACCUAUCAUGUGAGCGUGUACCACAGUGGCAGAUCUGAUGAACCGGCACCUAAACCAGAGAAACCCGAAGAAGAGCCACUCGACAUCGCUGAAGCAGCCAAGGCUCUCGGUGGAAAGAUCAGUGGCUUCUUCAAGAAGGGUCCUGCUCAUCUCGACUAUCCCGUAUCGGAAGUCUACGAGGGACCACUUGACAGCACGAAUCGCGUCACUGACAUUGAAGGUGAAACACUCACCCACCAUGUCACAGUCUACCACAGCGGAAGAUCUGAUGAGCCAAUGCCGAAGCCAGAAGAAGAGCCCAGAAUUGACAUCGCUGAUGCUGCCAAGACCUUCGGUGACAAGAUCACUGGACUGUUCAAGAGAAGACCAACUAUUCCUGACUAUCCAAUUUCAGAACCGUACGAAGGUCCACUGGAAGCUACGAACAAACGAGAAGAUAUCGAAUCUCAGCCAAUUCACAAUAUCGUCACUGUGUAUCACAGUGGCCGAUCCGAUAUUCCUCAAGAGCCAGUCGCACCACCACCAGCUCCAGUCGAAGUUAUUGCAGUUGUUCCUGCAAGAGACAUGUACUACGACUAUCCUUCUACGGCAGCCUACGAAGGACCACUGGAGAGCACAACUCGCGUGACAGACAUCGAAGGUGAGCCUCUCACCUAUCAUGUGAGCGUGUACCACAGUGGCAGAUCUGAUGAACCGGCACCUAAACCAGAGAAACCCGAAGAAGAGCCACUCGACAUCGCUGAAGCAGCCAAGGCUCUCGGUGGAAAGAUCAGUGGCUUCUUCAAGAAGGGUCCUGCUCAUCUCGACUAUCCCGUAUCGGAAGUCUACGAGGGACCACUUGACAGCACGAAUCGCGUCACUGACAUUGAAGGUGAACCACUCACCCACCAUGUCACAGUCUACCACAGCGGAAGAUCUGAUGAGCCAAUGCCGAAGCCAGAAGAAGAGCCCAGAAUUGACAUCGCUGAUGCUGCCAAGACCUUCGGUGACAAGAUCACUGGACUGUUCAAGAGAAGACCAACUAUUCCUGACUAUCCAAUUUCAGAACCGUACGAAGGUCCACUGGAAGCUACGAACAAACGAGAAGAUAUCGAAUCUCAGCCAAUUCACAAUAUCGUCACUGUGUAUCACAGUGGCCGAUCCGAUAUUCCUCAAGAGCCAGUCGCACCACCACCAGCUCCAGUCGAAGUUAUUGCAGUUGUUCCUGCAAGAGACAUGUACUACGACUAUCCUACUACGGCAGCCUACGAAGGACCACUGGAGAGCACAACUCGCGUGACAGACAUCGAAGGUGAGCCUCUCACCUAUCAUGUGAGCGUGUACCACAGUGGCAGAUCUGAUGAACCGGCACCUAAACCAGAGAAACCCGAAGAAGAGCCACUCGACAUCGCUGAAGCAGCCAAGGCUCUCGGUGGAAAGAUCAGUGGCUUCUUCAAGAAGGGUCCUGCUCAUCUCGACUAUCCCGUAUCGGAAGUCUACGAGGGACCACUUGACAGCACGAAUCGCGUCACUGACAUUGAAGGUGAACCACUCACCCACCAUGUCACAGUCUACCACAGCGGAAGAUCUGAUGAGCCAGUGCCGAAGCCAGAAGAAGAGCCCAGAAUUGACAUCGCUGAUGCUGCCAAGACCUUCGGUGACAAGAUCACUGGACUGUUCAAGAGAAGACCAACUAUUCCUGACUAUCCAAUAUCAGAACCGUGCGAAGGUCCACUGGAAGCUACGAACAAACGAGAAGAUAUCGAAUCUCAGCCAAUUCACAAUAUCGUCACUGUGUAUCACAGUGGCCGAUCCGAUAUUCCUCAAGAGCCAGUCGCACCACCACCAGCUCCAGUCGAAGUUAUUGCAGUUGUUCCUGCAAGAGACAUGUACUACGACUAUCCUACUACGGCAGCCUACGAAGGACCACUGGAGAGCACAACUCGCGUGACAGACAUCGAAGGUGAGCCUCUCACCUAUCAUGUGAGCGUGUACCACAGUGGCAGAUCUGAUGAACCGGCACCUAAACCAGAGAAACCCGAAGAAGAGCCACUCGACAUCGCUGAAGCAGCCAAGGCUCUCGGUGGAAAGAUCAGUGGCUUCUUCAAGAAGGGUCCUGCUCAUCUCGACUAUCCCGUAUCGGAAGUCUACGAGGGACCACUUGACAGCACGAAUCGCGUCACUGACAUUGAAGGUGAACCACUCACCCACCAUGUCACAGUCUACCACAGCGGAAGAUCUGAUGAGCCAGUGCCGAAGCCAGAAGAAGAGCCCAGAAUUGACAUCGCUGAUGCUGCCAAGACCUUCGGUGACAAGAUCACUGGACUGUUCAAGAGAAGACCAACUAUUCCUGACUAUCCAAUAUCAGAACCGUACGAAGGUCCACUGGAAGCUACGAACAAACGAGAAGAUAUCGAAUCUCAGCCAAUUCACAAUAUCGUCACUGUGUAUCACAGUGGCCGAUCCGAUAUUCCUCAAGAGCCAGUCGCACCACCACCAGCUCCAGUCGAAGUUGUUGCAGUUGUUCCUGCAAGAGACAUGUACUACGACUAUCCUACUACGGCAGCCUACGAAGGACCACUGGAGAGCACAACUCGCGUGACAGACAUCGAAGGUGAGCCUCUCACCUAUCAUGUGAGCGUGUACCACAGUGGCAGAUCUGAUGAACCGGCACCUAAACCAGAGAAACCCGAAGAAGAGCCACUCGACAUCGCUGAAGCAGCCAAGGCUCUCGGUGGAAAGAUCAGUGGCUUCUUCAAGAAGGGUCCUGCUCAUCUCGACUAUCCCGUAUCGGAAGUCUACGAGGGACCACUUGACAGCACGAAUCGCGUCACUGACAUUGAAGGUGAACCACUCACCCACCAUGUCACAGUCUACCACAGCGGAAGAUCUGAUGAGCCAGUGCCGAAGCCAGAAGAAGAGCCCAGAAUUGACAUCGCUGAUGCUGCCAAGACCUUCGGUGACAAGAUCACUGGACUGUUCAAGAGAAGACCAACUAUUCCUGACUAUCCAAUAUCAGAACCGUACGAAGGUCCACUGGAAGCUACGAACAAACGAGAAGAUAUCGAAUCUCAGCCAAUUCACAAUAUCGUCACUGUGUAUCACAGUGGCCGAUCCGAUAUUCCUCAAGAGCCAGUCGCACCACCACCAGCUCCAGUCGAAGUUAUUGCAGUUGUUCCUGCAAGAGACAUGUACUACGACUAUCCUACUACGGCAGCCUACGAAGGACCACUGGAGAGCACAACUCGCGUGACAGACAUCGAAGGUGAGCCUCUCACCUAUCAUGUGAGCGUGUACCACAGUGGCAGAUCUGAUGAACCGGCACCUAAACCAGAGAAACCCGAAGAAGAGCCACUCGACAUCGCUGAAGCAGCCAAGGCUCUCGGUGGAAAGAUCAGUGGCUUCUUCAAGAAGGGUCCUGCUCAUCUCGACUAUCCCGUAUCGGAAGUCUACGAGGGAUCACUUGACAGCACGAAUCGCGUCACUGACAUUGAAGGUGAACCACUCACCCACCAUGUCACAGUCUACCACAGCGGAAGAUCUGAUGAGCCAAUGCCGAAGCCAGAAGAAGAGCCCAGAAUUGACAUCGCUGAUGCUGCCAAGACCUUCGAACCGUACGAAGGUCCACUGGAAGCUACGAACAAACGAGAAGAUAUCGAAUUUCAGCCAAUUCACAAUAUCGUCACUGUGUAUCACAGUGGCCGAUCCGAUAUUCCUCAAGAGCCAGUCGCACCACCACCAGCUCCAGUCGAAGUUAUUGCAGUUGUUCCUGCAAGAGACAUGUACUACGACUAUCCUACUACGGCAGCCUACGAAGGACCACUGGAGAGCACAACUCGCGUGACAGACAUCGAAGGUGAGCCUCUCACCUAUCAUGUGAGCGUGUACCACAGUGGCAGAUCUGAUGAACCGGCACCUAAACCAGAGAAACCCGAAGAAGAGCCACUCGACAUCGCUGAAGCAGCCAAGGCUCUCGGUGGAAAGAUCAGUGGCUUCUUCAAGAAGGGUCCUGCUCAUCUCGACUAUCCCGUAUCGGAAGUCUACGAGGGACCACUUGACAGCACGAAUCGCGUCACUGACAUUGAAGGUGAACCACUCACCCACCAUGUCACAGUCUACCACAGCGGAAGAUCUGAUGAGCCAGUGCCGAAGCCAGAAGAAGAGCCCAGAAUUGACAUCGCUGAUGCUGCCAAGACCUUCGGUGACAAGAUCACUGGACUGUUCAAGAGAAGACCAACUAUUCCUGACUAUCCAAUAUCAGAACCGUGCGAAGGUCCACUGGAAGCUACGAACAAACGAGAAGAUAUCGAAUCUCAGCCAAUUCACAAUAUCGUCACUGUGUAUCACAGUGGCCGAUCCGAUAUUCCUCAAGAGCCAGUCGCACCACCACCAGCUCCAGUCGAAGUUAUUGCAGUUGUUCCUGCAAGAGACAUGUACUACGACUAUCCUACUACGGCAGCCUACGAAGGACCACUGGAGAGCACAACUCGCGUGACAGACAUCGAAGGUGAGCCUCUCACCUAUCAUGUGAGCGUGUACCACAGUGGCAGAUCUGAUGAACCGGCACCUAAACCAGAGAAACCCGAAGAAGAGCCACUCGACAUCGCUGAAGCAGCCAAGGCUCUCGGUGGAAAGAUCAGUGGCUUCUUCAAGAAGGGUCCUGCUCAUCUCGACUAUCCCGUAUCGGAAGUCUACGAGGGACCACUUGACAGCACGAAUCGCGUCACUGACAUUGAAGGUGAACCACUCACCCACCAUGUCACAGUCUACCACAGCGGAAGAUCUGAUGAGCCAGUGCCGAAGCCAGAAGAAGAGCCCAGAAUUGACAUCGCUGAUGCUGCCAAGACCUUCGGUGACAAGAUCACUGGACUGUUCAAGAGAAGACCAACUAUUCCUGACUAUCCAAUAUCAGAACCGUACGAAGGUCCACUGGAAGCUACGAACAAACGAGAAGAUAUCGAAUCUCAGCCAAUUCACAAUAUCGUCACUGUGUAUCACAGUGGCCGAUCCGAUAUUCCUCAAGAGCCAGUCGCACCACCACCAGCUCCAGUCGAAGUUAUUGCAGUUGUUCCUGCAAGAGACAUGUACUACGACUAUCCUACUACGGCAGCCUACGAAGGACCACUGGAGAGCACAACUCGCGUGACAGACAUCGAAGGUGAGCCUCUCACCUAUCAUGUGAGCGUGUACCACAGUGGCAGAUCUGAUGAACCGGCACCUAAACCAGAGAAACCCGAAGAAGAGCCACUCGACAUCGCUGAAGCAGCCAAGGCUCUCGGUGGAAAGAUCAGUGGCUUCUUCAAGAAGGGUCCUGCUCAUCUCGACUAUCCCGUAUCGGAAGUCUACGAGGGACCACUUGACAGCACGAAUCGCGUCACUGACAUUGAAGGUGAACCACUCACCCACCAUGUCACAGUCUACCACAGCGGAAGAUCUGAUGAGCCAGUGCCGAAGCCAGAAGAAGAGCCCAGAAUUGACAUCGCUGAUGCUGCCAAGACCUUCGGUGACAAGAUCACUGGACUGUUCAAGAGAAGACCAACUAUUCCUGACUAUCCAAUAUCAGAACCGUACGAAGGUCCACUGGAAGCUACGAACAAACGAGAAGAUAUCGAAUCUCAGCCAAUUCACAAUAUCGUCACUGUGUAUCACAGUGGCCGAUCCGAUAUUCCUCAAGAGCCAGUCGCACCACCACCAGCUCCAGUCGAAGUUAUUGCAGUUGUUCCUGCAAGAGACAUGUACUACGACUAUCCUACUACGGCAGCCUACGAAGGACCACUGGAAAGCACAACUCGCGUGACAGACAUCGAAGGUGAGCCUCUCACCUAUCAUGUGAGCGUGUACCACAGUGGCAGAUCUGAUGAACCGGCACCUAAACCAGAGAAACCCGAAGAAGAGCCACUCGACAUCGCUGAAGCAGUCAAGGCUCUCGGUGGAAAGAUCAGUGGCUUCUUCAAGAAGGGUCCUGCUCAUCUCGACUAUCCCGUAUCGGAAGUCUACGAGGGACCACUUGACAGCACGAAUCGCGUCACUGACAUUGAAGGUGAACCACUCACCCACCAUGUCACAGUCUACCACAGCGGAAGAUCUGAUGAGCCAAUGCCGAAGCCAGAAGAAGAGCCCAGAAUUGACAUCGCUGAUGCUGCCAAGACCUUCGGUGACAAGAUCACUGGACUGUUCAAGAGAAGACCAACUAUUCCUGACUAUCCAAUUUCAGAACCGUACGAAGGUCCACUGGAAGCUACGAACAAACGAGAAGAUAUCGAAUCUCAGCCAAUUCACAAUAUCGUCACUGUGUAUCACAGUGGCCGAUCCGAUAUUCCUCAAGAGCCAGUCGCACCACCACCAGCUCCAGUCGAAGUUAUUGCAGUUGUUCCUGCAAGAGACAUGUACUACGACUAUCCUUCUACGGCAGCCUACGAAGGACCACUGGAGAGCACAACUCGCGUGACAGACAUCGAAGGUGAGCCUCUCACCUAUCAUGUGAGCGUGUACCACAGUGGCAGAUCUGAUGAACCGGCACCUAAACCAGAGAAACCCGAAGAAGAGCCACUCGACAUCGCUGAAGCAGCCAAGGCUCUCGGUGGAAAGAUCAGUGGCUUCUUCAAGAAGGGUCCUGCUCAUCUCGACUAUCCCGUAUCGGAAGUCUACGAGGGACCACUUGACAGCACGAAUCGCGUCACUGACAUUGAAGGUGAACCACUCACCCACCAUGUCACAGUCUACCACAGCGGAAGAUCUGAUGAGCCAAUGCCGAAGCCAGAAGAAGAGCCCAGAAUUGACAUCGCUGAUGCUGCCAAGACCUUCGGUGACAAGAUCACUGGACUGUUCAAGAGAAGACCAACUAUUCCUGACUAUCCAAUUUCAGAACCGUACGAAGGUCCACUGGAAGCUACGAACAAACGAGAAGAUAUCGAAUCUCAGCCAAUUCACAAUAUCGUCACUGUGUAUCACAGUGGCCGAUCCGAUAUUCCUCAAGAGCCAGUCGCACCACCACCAGCUCCAGUCGAAGUUAUUGCAGUUGUUCCUGCAAGAGACAUGUACUACGACUAUCCUUCUACGGCAGCCUACGAAGGACCACUGGAGAGCACAACUCGCGUGACAGACAUCGAAGGUGAGCCUCUCACCUAUCAUGUGAGCGUGUACCACAGUGGCAGAUCUGAUGAACCGGCACCUAAACCAGAGAAACCCGAAGAAGAGCCACUCGACAUCGCUGAAGCAGCCAAGGCUCUCGGUGGAAAGAUCAGUGGCUUCUUCAAGAAGGGUCCUGCUCAUCUCGACUAUCCCGUAUCGGAAGUCUACGAGGGACCACUUGACAGCACGAAUCGCGUCACUGACAUUGAAGGUGAACCACUCACCCACCAUGUCACAGUCUACCACAGCGGAAGAUCUGAUGAGCCAAUGCCGAAGCCAGAAGAAGAGCCCAGAAUUGACAUCGCUGAUGCUGCCAAGACCUUCGGUGACAAGAUCACUGGACUGUUCAAGAGAAGACCAACUAUUCCUGACUAUCCAAUUUCAGAACCGUACGAAGGUCCACUGGAAGCUACGAACAAACGAGAAGAUAUCGAAUCUCAGCCAAUUCACAAUAUCGUCACUGUGUAUCACAGUGGCCGAUCCGAUAUUCCUCAAGAGCCAGUCGCACCACCACCAGCUCCAGUCGAAGUUAUUGCAGUUGUUCCUGCAAGAGACAUGUACUACGACUAUCCUUCUACGGCAGCCUACGAAGGACCACUGGAGAGCACAACUCGCGUGACAGACAUCGAAGGUGAGCCUCUCACCUAUCAUGUGAGCGUGUACCACAGUGGCAGAUCUGAUGAACCGGCACCUAAACCAGAGAAACCCGAAGAAGAGCCACUCGACAUCGCUGAAGCAGCCAAGGCUCUCGGUGGAAAGAUCAGUGGCUUCUUCAAGAAGGGUCCUGCUCAUCUCGACUAUCCCGUAUCGGAAGUCUACGAGGGACCACUUGACAGCACGAAUCGCGUCACUGACAUUGAAGGUGAACCACUCACCCACCAUGUCACAGUCUACCACAGCGGAAGAUCUGAUGAGCCAAUGCCGAAGCCAGAAGAAGAGCCCAGAAUUGACAUCGCUGAUGCUGCCAAGACCUUCGGUGACAAGAUCACUGGACUGUUCAAGAGAAGACCAACUAUUCCUGACUAUCCAAUUUCAGAACCGUACGAAGGUCCACUGGAAGCUACGAACAAACGAGAAGAUAUCGAAUCUCAGCCAAUUCACAAUAUCGUCACUGUGUAUCACAGUGGCCGAUCCGAUAUUCCUCAAGAGCCAGUCGCACCACCACCAGCUCCAGUCGAAGUUAUUGCAGUUGUUCCUGCAAGAGACAUGUACUACGACUAUCCUUCUACGGCAGCCUACGAAGGACCACUGGAGAGCACAACUCGCGUGACAGACAUCGAAGGUGAGCCUCUCACCUAUCAUGUGAGCGUGUACCACAGUGGCAGAUCUGAUGAACCGGCACCUAAACCAGAGAAACCCGAAGAAGAGCCACUCGACAUCGCUGAAGCAGCCAAGGCUCUCGGUGGAAAGAUCAGUGGCUUCUUCAAGAAGGGUCCUGCUCAUCUCGACUAUCCCGUAUCGGAAGUCUACGAGGGACCACUUGACAGCACGAAUCGCGUCACUGACAUUGAAGGUGAACCACUCACCCACCAUGUCACAGUCUACCACAGCGGAAGAUCUGAUGAGCCAAUGCCGAAGCCAGAAGAAGAGCCCAGAAUUGACAUCGCUGAUGCUGCCAAGACCUUCGGUGACAAGAUCACUGGACUGUUCAAGAGAAGACCAACUAUUCCUGACUAUCCAAUUUCAGAACCGUACGAAGGUCCACUGGAAGCUACGAACAAACGAGAAGAUAUCGAAUCUCAGCCAAUUCACAAUAUCGUCACUGUGUAUCACAGUGGCCGAUCCGAUAUUCCUCAAGAGCCAGUCGCACCACCACCAGCUCCAGUCGAAGUUAUUGCAGUUGUUCCUGCAAGAGACAUGUACUACGACUAUCCUUCUACGGCAGCCUACGAAGGACCACUGGAGAGCACAACUCGCGUGACAGACAUCGAAGGUGAGCCUCUCACCUAUCAUGUGAGCGUGUACCACAGUGGCAGAUCUGAUGAACCGGCACCUAAACCAGAGAAACCCGAAGAAGAGCCACUCGACAUCGCUGAAGCAGCCAAGGCUCUCGGUGGAAAGAUCAGUGGCUUCUUCAAGAAGGGUCCUGCUCAUCUCGACUAUCCCGUAUCGGAAGUCUACGAGGGACCACUUGACAGCACGAAUCGCGUCACUGACAUUGAAGGUGAACCACUCACCCACCAUGUCACAGUCUACCACAGCGGAAGAUCUGAUGAGCCAAUGCCGAAGCCAGAAGAAGAGCCCAGAAUUGACAUCGCUGAUGCUGCCAAGACCUUCGGUGACAAGAUCACUGGACUGUUCAAGAGAAGACCAACUAUUCCUGACUAUCCAAUUUCAGAACCGUACGAAGGUCCACUGGAAGCUACGAACAAACGAGAAGAUAUCGAAUCUCAGCCAAUUCACAAUAUCGUCACUGUGUAUCACAGUGGCCGAUCCGAUAUUCCUCAAGAGCCAGUCGCACCACCACCAGCUCCAGUCGAAGUUAUUGCAGUUGUUCCUGCAAGAGACAUGUACUACGACUAUCCUUCUACGGCAGCCUACGAAGGACCACUGGAGAGCACAACUCGCGUGACAGACAUCGAAGGUGAGCCUCUCACCUAUCAUGUGAGCGUGUACCACAGUGGCAGAUCUGAUGAACCGGCACCUAAACCAGAGAAACCCGAAGAAGAGCCACUCGACAUCGCUGAAGCAGCCAAGGCUCUCGGUGGAAAGAUCAGUGGCUUCUUCAAGAAGGGUCCUGCUCAUCUCGACUAUCCCGUAUCGGAAGUCUACGAGGGACCACUUGACAGCACGAAUCGCGUCACUGACAUUGAAGGUGAACCACUCACCCACCAUGUCACAGUCUACCACAGCGGAAGAUCUGAUGAGCCAAUGCCGAAGCCAGAAGAAGAGCCCAGAAUUGACAUCGCUGAUGCUGCCAAGACCUUCGGUGACAAGAUCACUGGACUGUUCAAGAGAAGACCAACUAUUCCUGACUAUCCAAUUUCAGAACCGUACGAAGGUCCACUGGAAGCUACGAACAAACGAGAAGAUAUCGAAUCUCAGCCAAUUCACAAUAUCGUCACUGUGUAUCACAGUGGCCGAUCCGAUAUUCCUCAAGAGCCAGUCGCACCACCACCAGCUCCAGUCGAAGUUAUUGCAGUUGUUCCUGCAAGAGACAUGUACUACGACUAUCCUACUACGGCAGCCUACGAAGGACCACUGGAGAGCACAACUCGCGUGACAGACAUCGAAGGUGAGCCUCUCACCUAUCAUGUGAGCGUGUACCACAGUAGCAGAUCUGAUGAACCGGCACCUAAACCAGAGAAACCCGAAGAAGAGCCACUCGACAUCGCUGAAGCAGCCAAGGCUCUCGGUGGAAAGAUCAGUGGCUUCUUCAAGAAGGGUCCUGCUCAUCUCGACUAUCCCGUAUCGGAAGUCUACGAGGGACCACUUGACAGCACGAAUCGCGUCACUGACAUUGAAGGUGAACCACUCACCCACCAUGUCACAGUCUACCACAGCGGAAGAUCUGAUGAGCCAAUGCCGAAGCCAGAAGAAGAGCCCAGAAUUGACAUCGCUGAUGCUGCCAAGACCUUCGGUGACAAGAUCACUGGACUGUUCAAGAGAAGACCAACUAUUCCUGACUAUCCAAUUUCAGAACCGUACGAAGGUCCACUGGAAGCUACGAACAAACGAGAAGAUAUCGAAUCUCAGCCAAUUCACAAUAUCGUCACUGUGUAUCACAGUGGCCGAUCCGAUAUUCCUCAAGAGCCAGUCGCACCACCACCAGCUCCAGUCGAAGUUAUUGCAGUUGUUCCUGCAAGAGACAUGUACUACGACUAUCCUACUACGGCAGCCUACGAAGGACCACUGGAGAGCACAACUCGCGUGACAGACAUCGAAGGUGAGCCUCUCACCUAUCAUGUGAGCGUGUACCACAGUGGCAGAUCUGAUGAACCGGCACCUAAACCAGAGAAACCCGAAGAAGAGCCACUCGACAUCGCUGAAGCAGCCAAGGCUCUCGGUGGAAAGAUCAGUGGCUUCUUCAAGAAGGGUCCUGCUCAUCUCGACUAUCCCGUAUCGGAAGUCUACGAGGGACCACUUGACAGCACGAAUCGCGUCACUGACAUUGAAGGUGAACCACUCACCCACCAUGUCACAGUCUACCACAGCGGAAGAUCUGAUGAGCCAAUGCCGAAGCCAGAAGAAGAGCCCAGAAUUGACAUCGCUGAUGCUGCCAAGACCUUCGGUGACAAGAUCACUGGACUGUUCAAGAGAAGACCAACUAUUCCUGACUAUCCAAUUUCAGAACCGUACGAAGGUCCACUGGAAGCUACGAACAAACGAGAAGAUAUCGAAUCUCAGCCAAUUCACAAUAUCGUCACUGUGUAUCACAGUGGCCGAUCCGAUAUUCCUCAAGAGCCAGUCGCACCACCACCAGCUCCAGUCGAAGUUAUUGCAGUUGUUCCUGCAAGAGACAUGUACUACGACUAUCCUACUACGGCAGCCUACGAAGGACCACUGGAGAGCACAACUCGCGUGACAGACAUCGAAGGUGAGCCUCUCACCUAUCAUGUGAGCGUGUACCACAGUGGCAGAUCUGAUGAACCGGCACCUAAACCAGAGAAACCCGAAGAAGAGCCACUCGACAUCGCUGAAGCAGCCAAGGCUCUCGGUGGAAAGAUCAGUGGCUUCUUCAAGAAGGGUCCUGCUCAUCUCGACUAUCCCGUAUCGGAAGUCUACGAGGGACCACUUGACAGCACGAAUCGCGUCACUGACAUUGAAGGUGAACCACUCACCCACCAUGUCACAGUCUACCACAGCGGAAGAUCUGAUGAGCCAAUGCCGAAGCCAGAAGAAGAGCCCAGAAUUGACAUCGCUGAUGCUGCCAAGACCUUCGGUGACAAGAUCACUGGACUGUUCAAGAGAAGACCAACUAUUCCUGACUAUCCAAUUUCAGAACCGUACGAAGGUCCACUGGAAGCUACGAACAAACGAGAAGAUAUCGAAUCUCAGCCAAUUCACAAUAUCGUCACUGUGUAUCACAGUGGCCGAUCCGAUAUUCCUCAAGAGCCAGUCGCACCACCACCAGCUCCAGUCGAAGUUAUUGCAGUUGUUCCUGCAAGAGACAUGUACUACGACUAUCCUUCUACGGCAGCCUACGAAGGACCACUGGAGAGCACAACUCGCGUGACAGACAUCGAAGGUGAGCCUCUCACCUAUCAUGUGAGCGUGUACCACAGUGGCAGAUCUGAUGAACCGGCACCUAAACCAGAGAAACCCGAAGAAGAGCCACUCGACAUCGCUGAAGCAGCCAAGGCUCUCGGUGGAAAGAUCAGUGGCUUCUUCAAGAAGGGUCCUGCUCAUCUCGACUAUCCCGUAUCGGAAGUCUACGAGGGACCACUUGACAGCACGAAUCGCGUCACUGACAUUGAAGGUGAACCACUCACCCACCAUGUCACAGUCUACCACAGCGGAAGAUCUGAUGAGCCAAUGCCGAAGCCAGAAGAAGAGCCCAGAAUUGACAUCGCUGAUGCUGCCAAGACCUUCGGUGACAAGAUCACUGGACUGUUCAAGAGAAGACCAACUAUUCCUGACUAUCCAAUUUCAGAACCGUACGAAGGUCCACUGGAAGCUACGAACAAACGAGAAGAUAUCGAAUCUCAGCCAAUUCACAAUAUCGUCACUGUGUAUCACAGUGGCCGAUCCGAUAUUCCUCAAGAGCCAGUCGCACCACCACCAGCUCCAGUCGAAGUUAUUGCAGUUGUUCCUGCAAGAGACAUGUACUACGACUAUCCUACUACGGCAGCCUACGAAGGACCACUGGAGAGCACAACUCGCGUGACAGACAUCGAAGGUGAGCCUCUCACCUAUCAUGUGAGCGUGUACCACAGUAGCAGAUCUGAUGAACCGGCACCUAAACCAGAGAAACCCGAAGAAGAGCCACUCGACAUCGCUGAAGCAGCCAAGGCUCUCGGUGGAAAGAUCAGUGGCUUCUUCAAGAAGGGUCCUGCUCAUCUCGACUAUCCCGUAUCGGAAGUCUACGAGGGACCACUUGACAGCACGAAUCGCGUCACUGACAUUGAAGGUGAACCACUCACCCACCAUGUCACAGUCUACCACAGCGGAAGAUCUGAUGAGCCAAUGCCGAAGCCAGAAGAAGAGCCCAGAAUUGACAUCGCUGAUGCUGCCAAGACCUUCGGUGACAAGAUCACUGGACUGUUCAAGAGAAGACCAACUAUUCCUGACUAUCCAAUUUCAGAACCGUACGAAGGUCCACUGGAAGCUACGAACAAACGAGAAGAUAUCGAAUCUCAGCCAAUUCACAAUAUCGUCACUGUGUAUCACAGUGGCCGAUCCGAUAUUCCUCAAGAGCCAGUCGCACCACCACCAGCUCCAGUCGAAGUUAUUGCAGUUGUUCCUGCAAGAGACAUGUACUACGACUAUCCUACUACGGCAGCCUACGAAGGACCACUGGAGAGCACAACUCGCGUGACAGACAUCGAAGGUGAGCCUCUCACCUAUCAUGUGAGCGUGUACCACAGUGGCAGAUCUGAUGAACCGGCACCUAAACCAGAGAAACCCGAAGAAGAGCCACUCGACAUCGCUGAAGCAGCCAAGGCUCUCGGUGGAAAGAUCAGUGGCUUCUUCAAGAAGGGUCCUGCUCAUCUCGACUAUCCCGUAUCGGAAGUCUACGAGGGACCACUUGACAGCACGAAUCGCGUCACUGACAUUGAAGGUGAACCACUCACCCACCAUGUCACAGUCUACCACAGCGGAAGAUCUGAUGAGCCAAUGCCGAAGCCAGAAGAAGAGCCCAGAAUUGACAUCGCUGAUGCUGCCAAGACCUUCGGUGACAAGAUCACUGGACUGUUCAAGAGAAGACCAACUAUUCCUGACUAUCCAAUUUCAGAACCGUACGAAGGUCCACUGGAAGCUACGAACAAACGAGAAGAUAUCGAAUCUCAGCCAAUUCACAAUAUCGUCACUGUGUAUCACAGUGGCCGAUCCGAUAUUCCUCAAGAGCCAGUCGCACCACCACCAGCUCCAGUCGAAGUUAUUGCAGUUGUUCCUGCAAGAGACAUGUACUACGACUAUCCUACUACGGCAGCCUACGAAGGACCACUGGAGAGCACAACUCGCGUGACAGACAUCGAAGGUGAGCCUCUCACCUAUCAUGUGAGCGUGUACCACAGUGGCAGAUCUGAUGAACCGGCACCUAAACCAGAGAAACCCGAAGAAGAGCCACUCGACAUCGCUGAAGCAGCCAAGGCUCUCGGUGGAAAGAUCAGUGGCUUCUUCAAGAAGGGUCCUGCUCAUCUCGACUAUCCCGUAUCGGAAGUCUACGAGGGACCACUUGACAGCACGAAUCGCGUCACUGACAUUGAAGGUGAACCACUCACCCACCAUGUCACAGUCUACCACAGCGGAAGAUCUGAUGAGCCAAUGCCGAAGCCAGAAGAAGAGCCCAGAAUUGACAUCGCUGAUGCUGCCAAGACCUUCGGUGACAAGAUCACUGGACUGUUCAAGAGAAGACCAACUAUUCCUGACUAUCCAAUUUCAGAACCGUACGAAGGUCCACUGGAAGCUACGAACAAACGAGAAGAUAUCGAAUCUCAGCCAAUUCACAAUAUCGUCACUGUGUAUCACAGUGGCCGAUCCGAUAUUCCUCAAGAGCCAGUCGCACCACCACCAGCUCCAGUCGAAGUUAUUGCAGUUGUUCCUGCAAGAGACAUGUACUACGACUAUCCUUCUACGGCAGCCUACGAAGGACCACUGGAGAGCACAACUCGCGUGACAGACAUCGAAGGUGAGCCUCUCACCUAUCAUGUGAGCGUGUACCACAGUGGCAGAUCUGAUGAACCGGCACCUAAACCAGAGAAACCCGAAGAAGAGCCACUCGACAUCGCUGAAGCAGCCAAGGCUCUCGGUGGAAAGAUCAGUGGCUUCUUCAAGAAGGGUCCUGCUCAUCUCGACUAUCCCGUAUCGGAAGUCUACGAGGGACCACUUGACAGCACGAAUCGCGUCACUGACAUUGAAGGUGAACCACUCACCCACCAUGUCACAGUCUACCACAGCGGAAGAUCUGAUGAGCCAAUGCCGAAGCCAGAAGAAGAGCCCAGAAUUGACAUCGCUGAUGCUGCCAAGACCUUCGGUGACAAGAUCACUGGACUGUUCAAGAGAAGACCAACUAUUCCUGACUAUCCAAUUUCAGAACCGUACGAAGGUCCACUGGAAGCUACGAACAAACGAGAAGAUAUCGAAUCUCAGCCAAUUCACAAUAUCGUCACUGUGUAUCACAGUGGCCGAUCCGAUAUUCCUCAAGAGCCAGUCGCACCACCACCAGCUCCAGUCGAAGUUAUUGCAGUUGUUCCUGCAAGAGACAUGUACUACGACUAUCCUACUACGGCAGCCUACGAAGGACCACUGGAGAGCACAACUCGCGUGACAGACAUCGAAGGUGAGCCUCUCACCUAUCAUGUGAGCGUGUACCACAGUGGCAGAUCUGAUGAACCGGCACCUAAACCAGAGAAACCCGAAGAAGAGCCACUCGACAUCGCUGAAGCAGCCAAGGCUCUCGGUGGAAAGAUCAGUGGCUUCUUCAAGAAGGGUCCUGCUCAUCUCGACUAUCCCGUAUCGGAAGUCUACGAGGGACCACUUGACAGCACGAAUCGCGUCACUGACAUUGAAGGUGAACCACUCACCCACCAUGUCACAGUCUACCACAGCGGAAGAUCUGAUGAGCCAAUGCCGAAGCCAGAAGAAGAGCCCAGAAUUGACAUCGCUGAUGCUGCCAAGACCUUCGGUGACAAGAUCACUGGACUGUUCAAGAGAAGACCAACUAUUCCUGACUAUCCAAUUUCAGAACCGUACGAAGGUCCACUGGAAGCUACGAACAAACGAGAAGAUAUCGAAUCUCAGCCAAUUCACAAUAUCGUCACUGUGUAUCACAGUGGCCGAUCCGAUAUUCCUCAAGAGCCAGUCGCACCACCACCAGCUCCAGUCGAAGUUAUUGCAGUUGUUCCUGCAAGAGACAUGUACUACGACUAUCCUACUACGGCAGCCUACGAAGGACCACUGGAGAGCACAACUCGCGUGACAGACAUCGAAGGUGAGCCUCUCACCUAUCAUGUGAGCGUGUACCACAGUGGCAGAUCUGAUGAACCGGCACCUAAACCAGAGAAACCCGAAGAAGAGCCACUCGACAUCGCUGAAGCAGCCAAGGCUCUCGGUGGAAAGAUCAGUGGCUUCUUCAAGAAGGGUCCUGCUCAUCUCGACUAUCCCGUAUCGGAAGUCUACGAGGGACCACUUGACAGCACGAAUCGCGUCACUGACAUUGAAGGUGAACCACUCACCCACCAUGUCACAGUCUACCACAGCGGAAGAUCUGAUGAGCCAAUGCCGAAGCCAGAAGAAGAGCCCAGAAUUGACAUCGCUGAUGCUGCCAAGACCUUCGGUGACAAGAUCACUGGACUGUUCAAAAGAAGACCAACUAUUCCUGACUAUCCAAUUUCAGAACCGUACGAAGGUCCACUGGAAGCUACGAACAAACGAGAAGAUAUCGAAUCUCAGCCAAUUCACAAUAUCGUCACUGUGUAUCACAGUGGCCGAUCCGAUAUUCCUCAAGAGCCAGUCGCACCACCACCAGCUCCAGUCGAAGUUAUUGCAGUUGUUCCUGCAAGAGACAUGUACUACGACUAUCCUACUACGGCAGCCUACGAAGGACCACUGGAGAGCACAACUCGCGUGACAGACAUCGAAGGUGAGCCUCUCACCUAUCAUGUGAGCGUGUACCACAGUGGCAGAUCUGAUGAACCGGCACCUAAACCAGAGAAACCCGAAGAAGAGCCACUCGACAUCGCUGAAGCAGCCAAGGCUCUCGGUGGAAAGAUCAGUGGCUUCUUCAAGAAGGGUCCUGCUCAUCUCGACUAUCCCGUAUCGGAAGUCUACGAGGGACCACUUGACAGCACGAAUCGCGUCACUGACAUUGAAGGUGAACCACUCACCCACCAUGUCACAGUCUACCACAGCGGAAGAUCUGAUGAGCCAAUGCCGAAGCCAGAAGAAGAGCCCAGAAUUGACAUCGCUGAUGCUGCCAAGACCUUCGGUGACAAGAUCACUGGACUGUUCAAAAGAAGACCAACUAUUCCUGACUAUCCAAUUUCAGAACCGUACGAAGGUCCACUGGAAGCUACGAACAAACGAGAAGAUAUCGAAUCUCAGCCAAUUCACAAUAUCGUCACUGUGUAUCACAGUGGCCGAUCCGAUAUUCCUCAAGAGCCAGUCGCACCACCACCAGCUCCAGUCGAAGUUAUUGCAGUUGUUCCUGCAAGAGACAUGUACUACGACUAUCCUACUACGGCAGCCUACGAAGGACCACUGGAGAGCACAACUCGCGUGACAGACAUCGAAGGUGAGCCUCUCACCUAUCAUGUGAGCGUGUACCACAGUGGCAGAUCUGAUGAACCGGCACCUAAACCAGAGAAACCCGAAGAAGAGCCACUCGACAUCGCUGAAGCAGCCAAGGCUCUCGGUGGAAAGAUCAGUGGCUUCUUCAAGAAGGGUCCUGCUCAUCUCGACUAUCCCGUAUCGGAAGUCUACGAGGGACCACUUGACAGCACGAAUCGCGUCACUGACAUUGAAGGUGAACCACUCACCCACCAUGUCACAGUCUACCACAGCGGAAGAUCUGAUGAGCCAAUGCCGAAGCCAGAAGAAGAGCCCAGAAUUGACAUCGCUGAUGCUGCCAAGACCUUCGGUGACAAGAUCACUGGACUGUUCAAAAGAAGACCAACUAUUCCUGACUAUCCAAUUUCAGAACCGUACGAAGGUCCACUGGAAGCUACGAACAAACGAGAAGAUAUCGAAUCUCAGCCAAUUCACAAUAUCGUCACUGUGUAUCACAGUGGCCGAUCCGAUAUUCCUCAAGAGCCAGUCGCACCACCACCAGCUCCAGUCGAAGUUAUUGCAGUUGUUCCUGCAAGAGACAUGUACUACGACUAUCCUACUACGGCAGCCUACGAAGGACCACUGGAGAGCACAACUCGCGUGACAGACAUCGAAGGUGAGCCUCUCACCUAUCAUGUGAGCGUGUACCACAGUGGCAGAUCUGAUGAACCGGCACCUAAACCAGAGAAACCCGAAGAAGAGCCACUCGACAUCGCUGAAGCAGCCAAGGCUCUCGGUGGAAAGAUCAGUGGCUUCUUCAAGAAGGGUCCUGCUCAUCUCGACUAUCCCGUAUCGGAAGUCUACGAGGGACCACUUGACAGCACGAAUCACGUCACUGACAUUGAAGGUGAACCACUCACCCACCAUGUCACAGUCUACCACAGCGGAAGAUCUGAUGAGCCAAUGCCGAAGCCAGAAGAAGAGCCCAGAAUUGACAUCGCUGAUGCUGCCAAGACCUUCGAACCGUACGAAGGUCCACUGGAAGCUACGAACAAACGAGAAGAUAUCGAAUCUCAGCCAAUUCACAAUAUCGUCACUGUGUAUCACAGUGGCCGAUCCGAUAUUCCUCAAGAGCCAGUCGCACCACCACCAGCUCCAGUCGAAGUUAUUGCAGUUGUUCCUGCAAGAGACAUGUACUACGACUAUCCUACUACGGCAGCCUACGAAGGACCACUGGAGAGCACAACUCGCGUGACAGACAUCGAAGGUGAGCCUCUCACCUAUCAUGUGAGCGUGUACCACAGUGGCAGAUCUGAUGAACCGGCACCUAAACCAGAGAAACCCGAAGAAGAGCCACUCGACAUCGCUGAAGCAGCCAAGGCUCUCGGUGGAAAGAUCAGUGGCUUCUUCAAGAAGGGUCCUGCUCAUCUCGACUAUCCCGUAUCGGAAGUCUACGAGGGACCACUUGACAGCACGAAUCACGUCACUGACAUUGAAGGUGAACCACUCACCCACCAUGUCACAGUCUACCACAGCGGAAGAUCUGAUGAGCCAAUGCCGAAGCCAGAAGAAGAGCCCAGAAUUGACAUCGCUGAUGCUGCCAAGACCUUCGGUGACAAGAUCACUGGACUGUUCAAGAGAAGACCAACUAUUCCUGACUAUCCAAUUUCAGAACCGUACGAAGGUCCACUGGAAGCUACGAACAAACGAGAAGAUAUCGAAUCUCAGCCAAUUCGCAAUAUCGUCACUGUGUAUCACAGUGGCCGAUCCGAUAUUCCUCAAGAGCCAGUCGCACCACCACCAGCUCCAGUCGAAGUUAUUGCAGUUGUUCCUGCAAGAGACAUGUACUACGACUAUCCUACUACGGCAGCCUACGAAGGACCACUGGAGAGCACAACUCGCGUGACAGACAUCGAAGGUGAGCCUCUCACCUAUCAUGUGAGCGUGUACCACAGUGGCAGAUCUGAUGAACCGGCACCUAAACCAGAGAAACCCGAAGAAGAGCCACUCGACAUCGCUGAAGCAGCCAAGGCUCUCGGUGGAAAGAUCAGUGGCUUCUUCAAGAAGGGUCCUGCUCAUCUCGACUAUCCCGUAUCGGAAGUCUACGAGGGACCACUUGACAGCACGAAUCGCGUCACUGACAUUGAAGGUGAACCACUCACCCACCAUGUCACAGUCUACCACAGCGGAAGAUCUGAUGAGCCAAUGCCGAAGCCAGAAGAAGAGCCCAGAAUUGACAUCGCUGAUGCUGCCAAGACCUUCGGUGACAAGAUCACUGGACUGUUCAAAAGAAGACCAACUAUUCCUGACUAUCCAAUUUCAGAACCGUACGAAGGUCCACUGGAAGCUACGAACAAACGAGAAGAUAUCGAAUCUCAGCCAAUUCACAAUAUCGUCACUGUGUAUCACAGUGGCCGAUCCGAUAUUCCUCAAGAGCCAGUCGCACCACCACCAGCUCCAGUCGAAGUUAUUGCAGUUGUUCCUGCAAGAGACAUGUACUACGACUAUCCUACUACGGCAGCCUACGAAGGACCACUGGAGAGCACAACUCGCGUGACAGACAUCGAAGGUGAGCCUCUCACCUAUCAUGUGAGCGUGUACCACAGUGGCAGAUCUGAUGAACCGGCACCUAAACCAGAGAAACCCGAAGAAGAGCCACUCGACAUCGCUGAAGCAGCCAAGGCUCUCGGUGGAAAGAUCAGUGGCUUCUUCAAGAAGGGUCCUGCUCAUCUCGACUAUCCCGUAUCGGAAUUCUACGAGGGACCACUUGACAGCACGAAUCACGUCACUGACAUUGAAGGUGAACCACUCACCCACCAUGUCACAGUCUACCACAGCGGAAGAUCUGAUGAGCCAAUGCCGAAGCCAGAAGAAGAGCCCAGAAUUGACAUCGCUGAUGCUGCCAAGACCUUCGGUGACAAGAUCACUGGACUGUUCAAGAGAAGACCAACUAUUCCUGACUAUCCAAUUUCAGAACCGUACGAAGGUCCACUGGAAGCUACGAACAAACGAGAAGAUAUCGAAUCUCAGCCAAUUCGCAAUAUCGUCACUGUGUAUCACAGUGGCCGAUCCGAUAUUCCUCAAGAGCCAGUCGCACCACCACCAGCUCCAGUCGAAGUUAUUGCAGUUGUUCCUGCAAGAGACAUGUACUACGACUAUCCUACUACGGCAGCCUACGAAGGACCACUGGAGAGCACAACUCGCGUGACAGACAUCGAAGGUGAGCCUCUCACCUAUCAUGUGAGCGUGUACCACAGUGGCAGAUCUGAUGAACCGGCACCUAAACCAGAGAAACCCGAAGAAGAGCCACUCGACAUCGCUGAAGCAGCCAAGGCUCUCGGUGGAAAGAUCAGUGGAUUCUUCAAGAAGGGUCCUGCUCAUCUCGACUAUCCCGUAUCGGAAGUCUACGAGGGACCACUUGACAGCACGAAUCGCGUCACUGACAUUGAAGGUGAACCACUCACCCACCAUGUCACAGUCUACCACAGCGGAAGAUCUGAUGAGCCAGUGCCGAAGCCAGAAGAAGAGCCCAGAAUUGACAUCGCUGAUGCUGCCAAGACCUUCGGUGACAAGAUCACUGGACUGUUCAAGAGAAGACCAACUAUUCCUGACUAUCCAAUAUCAGAACCGUACAAAGGUCCACUGGAAGCUACGAACAAACGAGAAGAUAUCGAAUCUCAGCCAAUUCACAAUAUAGUCACUGUGUAUCACAGUGGCCGAUCCGAUAUUCCUCAAGAGCCAGUCGCACCACCACCAGCUCCAGUCGAAGUUAUUGCAGUUGUUCCUGCAAGAGACAUGUACUACGACUAUCCUACUACGGCAGCCUACGAAGGACCACUGGAGAGCACAACUCGCGUGACAGACAUCGAAGGUGAGCCUCUCACCUAUUAUGUGAGCGUGUACCACAGUGGCAGAUCUGACGAACCGGCACCUAAACCAGAGAAACCCGAAGAAGAGCCACUCGACAUCGCUGAAGCAGCCAAGGCUCUCGGUGGAAAGAUCAGUGGCUUCUUCAAGAAGGGUCCUGCUCAUCUCGACUAUCCCGUAUCGGAAGUCUACGAGGGACCACUUGACAGCACGAAUCGCGUCACUGACAUUGAAGGUGAACCACUCACCCACCAUGUCACAGUCUACCACAGCGGAAGAUCUGAUGAGCCAGUGCCGAAGCCAGAAGAAGAGCCCAGAAUUGACAUCGCUGAUGCUGCCAAGACCUUCGGUGACAAGAUCACUGGACUGUUCAAGAGAAGACCAACUAUUCCUGACUAUCCAAUUUCAGAACCGUACGAAGGUCCACUGGAAGCUACGAACAAACGAGAAGAUAUCGAAUCUCAGCCAAUUCACAAUAUCGUCACUGUGUAUCACAGUGGCCGAUCCGAUAUUCCUCAAGAGCCAGUCGCACCACCACCAGCUCCAGUCGAAGUUAUUGCAGUUGUUCCUGCAAGAGACAUGUACUACGACUAUCCUACUACGGCAGCCUACGAAGGACCACUGGAGAGCACAACUCGCGUGACAGACAUCGAAGGUGAGCCUCUCACCUAUCAUGUGAGCGUGUACCACAGUGGCAGAUCUGAUGAACCGGCACCUAAACCAGAGAAACCCGAAGAAGAGCCACUCGACAUCGCUGAAGCAGCCAAGGCUCUCGGUGGAAAGAUCAGUGGCUUCUUCAAGAAGGGUCCUGCUCAUCUCGACUAUCCCGUAUCGGAAGUCUACGAGGGACCACUUGACAGCACGAAUCACGUCACUGACAUUGAAGGUGAACCACUCACCCACCAUGUCACAGUCUACCACAGCGGAAGAUCUGAUGAGCCAAUGCCGAAGCCAGAAGAAGAGCCCAGAAUUGACAUCGCUGAUGCUGCCAAGACCUUCGGUGACAAGAUCACUGGACUGUUCAAGAGAAGACCAACUAUUCCUGACUAUCCAAUUUCAGAACCGUACGAAGGUCCACUGGAAGCUACGAACAAACGAGAAGAUAUCGAAUCUCAGCCAAUUCGCAAUAUCGUCACUGUGUAUCACAGUGGCCGAUCCGAUAUUCCUCAAGAGCCAGUCGCACCACCACCAGCUCCAGUCGAAGUUAUUGCAGUUGUUCCUGCAAGAGACAUGUACUACGACUAUCCUACUACGGCAGCCUACGAAGGACCACUGGAGAGCACAACUCGCGUGACAGACAUCGAAGGUGAGCCUCUCACCUAUCAUGUGAGCGUGUACCACAGUGGCAGAUCUGAUGAACCGGCACCUAAACCAGAGAAACCCGAAGAAGAGCCACUCGACAUCGCUGAAGCAGCCAAGGCUCUCGGUGGAAAGAUCAGUGGCUUCUUCAAGAAGGGUCCUGCUCAUCUCGACUAUCCCGUAUCGGAAGUCUACGAGGGACCACUUGACAGCACGAAUCACGUCACUGACAUUGAAGGUGAACCACUCACCCACCAUGUCACAGUCUACCACAGCGGAAGAUCUGAUGAGCCAAUGCCGAAGCCAGAAGAAGAGCCCAGAAUUGACAUCGCUGAUGCUGCCAAGACCUUCGGUGACAAGAUCACUGGACUGUUCAAGAGAAGACCAACUAUUCCUGACUAUCCAAUUUCAGAACCGUACGAAGGUCCACUGGAAGCUACGAACAAACGAGAAGAUAUCGAAUCUCAGCCAAUUCACAAUAUCGUCACUGUGUAUCACAGUGGCCGAUCCGAUAUUCCUCAAGAGCCAGUCGCACCACCACCAGCUCCAGUCGAAGUUAUUGCAGUUGUUCCUGCAAGAGACAUGUACUACGACUAUCCUACUACGGCAGCCUACGAAGGACCACUGGAGAGCACAACUCGCGUGACAGACAUCGAAGGUGAGCCUCUCACCUAUCAUGUGAGCGUGUACCACAGUGGCAGAUCUGAUGAACCGGCACCUAAACCAGAGAAACCCGAAGAAGAGCCACUCGACAUCGCUGAAGCAGCCAAGGCUCUCGGUGGAAAGAUCAGUGGCUUCUUCAAGAAGGGUCCUGCUCAUCUCGACUAUCCCGUAUCGGAAGUCUACGAGGGACCACUUGACAGCACGAAUCGCGUCACUGACAUUGAAGGUGAACCACUCACCCACCAUGUCAAAGUCUACCACAGCGGAAGAUCUGAUGAGCCAAUGCCGAAGCCAGAAGAAGAGCCCAGAAUUGACAUCGCUGAUGCUGCCAAGACCUUCGGUGACAAGAUCACUGGACUGUUCAAGAGAAGACCAACUAUUCCUGACUAUCCAAUUUCAGAACCGUACGAAGGUCCACUGGAAGCUACGAACAAACGAGAAGAUAUCGAAUCUCAGCCAAUUCGCAAUAUCGUCACUGUGUAUCACAGUGGCCGAUCCGAUAUUCCUCAAGAGCCAGUCGCACCACCACCAGCUCCAGUCGAAGUUAUUGCAAUUGUUCCUGCAAGAGACAUGUACUACGACUAUCCUACAACGGCAGCCUACGAAGGACCACUGGAGAGCACAACUCGCGUGACAGACAUCGAAGGUGAGCCUCUCACCUAUCAUGUGAGCGUGUACCACAGUGGCAGAUCUGAUGAACCGGCACCUAAACCAGAGAAACCCGAAGAAGAGCCACUCGACAUCGCUGAAGCAGCCAAGGCUCUCGGUGGAAAGAUCAGUGGCUUCUUCAAGAAGGGUCCUGCUCAUCUCGACUAUCCCGUAUCGGAAGUCUACGAGGGACCACUUGACAGCACGAAUCACGUCACUGACAUUGAAGGUGAACCACUCACCCACCAUGUCACAGUCUACCACAGCGGAAGAUCUGAUGAGCCAAUGCCGAAGCCAGAAGAAGAGCCCAGAAUUGACAUCGCUGAUGCUGCCAAGACCUUCGGUGACAAGAUCACUGGACUGUUCAAGAGAAGACCAACUAUUCCUGACUAUCCAAUUUCAGAACCGUACGAAGGUCCACUGGAAGCUACGAACAAACGAGAAGAUAUCGAAUCUCAGCCAAUUCACAAUAUCGUCACUGUGUAUCACAGUGGCCGAUCCGAUAUUCCUCAAGAGCCAGUCGCACCACCACCAGCUCCAGUCGAAGUUAUUGCAGUUGUUCCUGCAAGAGACAUGUACUACGACUAUCCUACUACGGCAGCCUACGAAGGACCACUGGAGAGCACAACUCGCGUGACAGACAUCGAAGGUGAGCCUCUCACCUAUCAUGUGAGCGUGUACCACAGUGGCAGAUCUGAUGAACCGGCACCUAAACCAGAGAAACCCGAAGAAGAGCCACUCGACAUCGCUGAAGCAGCCAAGGCUCUCGGUGGAAAGAUCAGUGGCUUCUUCAAGAAGGGUCCUGCUCAUCUCGACUAUCCCGUAUCGGAAGUCUACGAGGGACCACUUGACAGCACGAAUCGCGUCACUGACAUUGAAGGUGAACCACUCACCCACCAUGUCACAGUCUACCACAGCGGAAGAUCUGAUGAGCCAAUGCCGAAGCCAGAAGAAGAGCCCAGAAUUGACAUCGCUGAUGCUGCCAAGACCUUCGGUGACAAGAUCACUGGACUGUUCAAGAGAAGACCAACUAUUCCUGACUAUCCAAUAUCAGAACCGUACGAAGGUCCACUGGAAGCUACGAACAAACGAGAAGAUAUCGAAUCUCAGCCAAUUCACAAUAUCGUCACUGUGUAUCACAGUGGCCGAUCCGAUAUUCCUCAAGAGCCAGUCGCACCACCACCAGCUCCAGUCGAAGUUAUUGCAGUUGUUCCUGCAAGAGACAUGUACUACGACUAUCCUACUACGGCAGCCUACGAAGGACCACUGGAGAGCACAACUCGCGUGACAGACAUCGAAGGUGAGCCUCUCACCUAUCAUGUGAGCGUGUACCACAGUGGCAGAUCUGACGAACCGGCACCUAAACCAGAGAAACCCGAAGAAGAGCCACUCGACAUCGCUGAAGCAGCCAAGGCUCUCGGUGGAAAGAUCAGUGGCUUUUUCAAGAAGGGUCCUGCUCAUCUCGACUAUCCCGUAUCGGAAGUCUACGAGGGACCACUUGACAGCACGAAUCGCGUCACUGACAUUGAAGGUGAACCACUCACCCACCAUGUCACAGUCUACCACAGCGGAAGAUCUGAUGAGCCAGUGCCGAAGCCAGAAGAAGAGCCCAGAAUUGACAUCGCUGAUGCUGCCAAGACCUUCGGUGACAAGAUCACUGGACUGUUCAAGAGAAGACCAACUAUUCCUGACUAUCCAAUAUCAGAACCGUACGAAGGUCCACUGGAAGCUACGAACAAACGAGAAGAUAUCGAAUCUCAGCCAAUUCACAAUAUCGUCACUGUGUAUCACAGUGGCCGAUCCGAUAUUCCUCAAGAGCCAGUCGCACCACCACCAGCUCCAGUCGAAGUUAUUGCAGUUGUUCCUGCAAGAGACAUGUACUACGACUAUCCUACUACGGCAGCCUACGAAGGACCACUGGAGAGCACAACUCGCGUGACAGACAUCGAAGGUGAGCCUCUCACCUAUCAUGUGAGCGUGUACCACAGUGGCAGAUCUGAUGAACCGGCACCUAAACCAGAGAAACUCGAAGAGGAGCCACUCGACAUCGCUGAAGCAGCCAAGGCUCUCGGUGGAAAGAUCAGUGGCUUCUUCAAGAAGGGUCCUGCUCAUCUCGAUUAUCCCGUAUCGGAAGUCUACGAGGGACCACUUGACAGCACGAAUCGCGUCACUGACAUUGAAGGUGAACCACUCACCCACCAUGUCACAGUCUACCACAGCGGAAGAUCUGAUGAGCCAAUGCCGAAGCCAGAAGAAGAGCCCAGAAUUGACAUCGCUGAUGCUGCCAAGACCUUCGGUGAUAAGAUCACUGGACUGUUCAAGAGAAGACCAACUAUUCCUGACUAUCCAAUAUCAGAACCGUAUGAAGGUCCACUGGAAGCUACGAACAAACGAGAAGAUAUCGAAUCUCAGCCAAUUCACAAUAUCGUCACUGUGUAUCACAGUGGCCGAUCCGAUAUUCCUCAAGAGCCAGUCGCACCACCACCAGCUCCAGUCGAAGUUAUUGCAGUUGUUCCUGCAAGAGACAUGUACUACGACUAUCCUACUACGGCAGCCUACGAAGGACCACUGGAGAGCACAACUCGCGUGACAGACAUCGAAGGUGAGCCUCUCACCUAUCAUGUGAGCGUGUACCGCAGUGGCAGAUCUGACGAACCGGCACCUAAACCAGAGAAACCCGAAGAAGAGCCACUCGACAUCGCUGAAGCAGCCAAGGCUCUCGGUGGAAAGAUCAGUGGCUUCUUCAAGAAGGGUCCUGCUCAUCUCGACUAUCCCGUAUCGGAAGUCUACGAGGGACCACUUGACAGCACGAAUCGCGUCACUGACAUUGAAGGUGAACCACUCACCCACCAUGUCACAGUCUACCACAGCGGAAGAUCUGAUGAGCCAAUGCCGAAGCCAGAAGAAGAGCCCAGAAUUGACAUCGCUGAUGCUGCCAAGACCUUCGGUGAUAAGAUCACUGGACUGUUCAAGAGAAGACCAACUAUUCCUGACUAUCCAAUAUCAGAACCGUAUGAAGGUCCACUGGAAGCUACGAACAAACGAGAAGAUAUCGAAUCUCAGCCAAUUCACAAUAUCGUCACUGUGUAUCACAGUGGCCGAUCCGAUAUUCCUCAAGAGCCAGUCGCACCACCACCAGCUCCAGUCGAAGUUAUUGCAGUUGUUCCUGCAAGAGACAUGUACUACGACUAUCCUACUACGGCAGCCUACGAAGGACCACUGGAGAGCACAACUCGCGUGACAGACAUCGAAGGUGAGCCUCUCACCUAUCAUGUGAGCGUGUACCACAGUGGCAGAUCUGACGAACCGGCACCUAAACCAGAGAAACCCGAAGAAGAGCCACUCGACAUCGCUGAAGCAGCCAAGGCUCUCGGUGGAAAGAUCAGUGGCUUCUUCAAGAAGGGUCCUGCUCAUCUCGACUAUCCCGUAUCGGAAGUCUACGAGGGACCACUUGACAGCACGAAUCGCGUCACUGACAUUGAAGGUGAACCACUCACCCACCAUGUCACAGUCUACCACAGCGGAAGAUCUGAUGAGCCAGUGCCGAAGCCAGAAGAAGAGCCCAGAAUUGACAUCGCUGAUGCUGCCAAGACCUUCGGUGACAAGAUCACUGGACUGUUCAAGAGAAGACCAACUAUUCCUGACUAUCCAAUUUCAGAACCGUACGAAGGUCCACUGGAAGCUACGAACAAACGAGAAGAUAUCGAAUCUCAGCCAAUUCACAAUAUCGUCACUGUGUAUCACAGUGGCCGAUCCGAUAUUCCUCAAGAGCCAGUCGCACCACCACCAGCUCCAGUCGAAGUUAUUGCAGUUGUUCCUGCAAGAGACAUGUACUACGACUAUCUUACUACGGCAGCCUACGAAGGACCACUGGAGAGCACAACUCGCGUGACAGACAUCGAAGGUGAGCCUCUCACCUAUCAUGUGAGCGUGUACCACAGUGGCAGAUCUGAUGAACCGGCACCUAAACCAGAGAAACCCGAAGAAGAGCCACUCGACAUCGCUGAAGCAGCCAAGGCUCUCGGUGGAAAGAUCAGUGGAUUCUUCAAGAAGGGUCCUGCUCAUCUCGACUAUCCCGUAUCGGAAGUCUACGAGGGACCACUUGACAGCACGAAUCGCGUCACUGACAUUGAAGGUGAACCACUCACCCACCAUGUCACAGUCUACCACAGCGGAAGAUCUGAUGAGCCAGUGCCGAAGCCAGAAGAAGAGCCCAGAAUUGACAUCGCUGAUGCUGCCAAGACCUUCGGUGACAAGAUCACUGGACUGUUCAAGAGAAGACCAACUAUUCCUGACUAUCCAAUAUCAGAACCGUACAAAGGUCCACUGGAAGCUACGAACAAACGAGAAGAUAUCGAAUCUCAGCCAAUUCACAAUAUAGUCACUGUGUAUCACAGUGGCCGAUCCGAUAUUCCUCAAGAGCCAGUCGCACCACCACCAGCUCCAGUCGAAGUUAUUGCAGUUGUUCCUGCAAGAGACAUGUACUACGACUAUCCUACUACGGCAGCCUACGAAGGACCACUGGAGAGCACAACUCGCGUGACAGACAUCGAAGGUGAGCCUCUCACCUAUUAUGUGAGCGUGUACCACAGUGGCAGAUCUGACGAACCGGCACCUAAACCAGAGAAACCCGAAGAAGAGCCACUCGACAUCGCUGAAGCAGCCAAGGCUCUCGGUGGAAAGAUCAGUGGCUUCUUCAAGAAGGGUCCUGCUCAUCUCGACUAUCCCGUAUCGGAAGUCUACGAGGGACCACUUGACAGCACGAAUCGCGUCACUGACAUUGAAGGUGAACCACUCACCCACCAUGUCACAGUCUACCACAGCGGAAGAUCUGAUGAGCCAGUGCCGAAGCCAGAAGAAGAGCCCAGAAUUGACAUCGCUGAUGCUGCCAAGACCUUCGGUGACAAGAUCACUGGACUGUUCAAGAGAAGACCAACUAUUCCUGACUAUCCAAUUUCAGAACCGUACGAAGGUCCACUGGAAGCUACGAACAAACGAGAAGAUAUCGAAUCUCAGCCAAUUCACAAUAUCGUCACUGUGUAUCACAGUGGCCGAUCCGAUAUUCCUCAAGAGCCAGUCGCACCACCACCAGCUCCAGUCGAAGUUAUUGCAGUUGUUCCUGCAAGAGACAUGUACUACGACUAUCCUACUACGGCAGCCUACGAAGGACCACUGGAGAGCACAACUCGCGUGACAGACAUCGAAGGUGAGCCUCUCACCUAUCAUGUGAGCGUGUACCACAGUGGCAGAUCUGAUGAACCGGCACCUAAACCAGAGAAACCCGAAGAAGAGCCACUCGACAUCGCUGAAGCAGCCAAGGCUCUCGGUGGAAAGAUCAGUGGAUUCUUCAAGAAGGGUCCUGCUCAUCUCGACUAUCCCGUAUCGGAAGUCUACGAGGGACCACUUGACAGCACGAAUCGCGUCACUGACAUUGAAGGUGAACCACUCACCCACCAUGUCACAGUCUACCACAGCGGAAGAUCUGAUGAGCCAGUGCCGAAGCCAGAAGAAGAGCCCAGAAUUGACAUCGCUGAUGCUGCCAAGACCUUCGGUGACAAGAUCACUGGACUGUUCAAGAGAAGACCAACUAUUCCUGACUAUCCAAUAUCAGAACCGUACAAAGGUCCACUGGAAGCUACGAACAAACGAGAAGAUAUCGAAUCUCAGCCAAUUCACAAUAUAGUCACUGUGUAUCACAGUGGCCGAUCCGAUAUUCCUCAAGAGCCAGUCGCACCACCACCAGCUCCAGUCGAAGUUAUUGCAGUUGUUCCUGCAAGAGACAUGUACUACGACUAUCCUACUACGGCAGCCUACGAAGGACCACUGGAGAGCACAACUCGCGUGACAGACAUCGAAGGUGAGCCUCUCACCUAUUAUGUGAGCGUGUACCACAGUGGCAGAUCUGACGAACCGGCACCUAAACCAGAGAAACCCGAAGAAGAGCCACUCGACAUCGCUGAAGCAGCCAAGGCUCUCGGUGGAAAGAUCAGUGGCUUCUUCAAGAAGGGUCCUGCUCAUCUCGACUAUCCCGUAUCGGAAGUCUACGAGGGACCACUUGACAGCACGAAUCGCGUCACUGACAUUGAAGGUGAACCACUCACCCACCAUGUCACAGUCUACCACAGCGGAAGAUCUGAUGAGCCAGUGCCGAAGCCAGAAGAAGAGCCCAGAAUUGACAUCGCUGAUGCUGCCAAGACCUUCGGUGACAAGAUCACUGGACUGUUCAAGAGAAGACCAACUAUUCCUGACUAUCCAAUUUCAGAACCGUACGAAGGUCCACUGGAAGCUACGAACAAACGAGAAGAUAUCGAAUCUCAGCCAAUUCACAAUAUCGUGACUGUGUAUCACAGUGGCCGAUCCGAUAUUCCUCAAGAGCCAGUCGCACCACCACCAGCUCCAGUCGAAGUUAUUGCAGUUGUUCCUGCAAGAGACAUGUACUACGACUAUCCUACUACGGCAGCCUACGAAGGACCACUGGAGAGCACAACUCGCGUGACAGACAUCGAAGGUGAGCCUCUCACCUAUCAUGUGAGCGUGUACCACGGUGGCAGAUCUGAUGAACCGGCACCUAAACCAGAGAAACCCGAAGAAGAGCCACUCGACAUCGCUGAAGCAGCCAAGGCUCUCGGUGGAAAGAUCAGUGGCUUCUUCAAGAAGGGUCCUGCUCAUCUCGACUAUCCCGUAUCGGAAGUCUACGAGGGACCACUUGACAGCACGAAUCGCGUCACUGACAUUGAAGGUGAACCACUCACCCACCAUGUCACAGUCUACCACAGCGGAAGAUCUGAUGAGCCAAUGCCGAAGCCAGAAGAAGAGCCCAGAAUUGACAUCGCUGAUGCUGCCAAGACCUUCGGUGAUAAGAUCACUGGACUGUUCAAGAGAAGACCAACUAUUCCUGACUAUCCAAUAUCAGAACCGUAUGAAGGUCCACUGGAAGCUACGAACAAACGAGAAGAUAUCGAAUCUCAGCCAAUUCACAAUAUCGUCACUGUGUAUCACAGUGGCCGAUCCGAUAUUCCUCAAGAGCCAGUCGCACCACCACCAGCUCCAGUCGAAGUUAUUGCAGUUGUUCCUGCAAGAGACAUGUACUACGACUAUCCUACUACGGCAGCCUACGAAGGACCACUGGAGAGCACAACUCGCGUGACAGACAUCGAAGGUGAGCCUCUCACCUAUCAUGUGAGCGUGUACCACAGUGGCAGAUCUGAUGAACCGGCACCUAAACCAGAGAAACCCGAAGAAGAGCCACUCGACAUCGCUGAAGCAGCCAAGGCUCUCGGUGGAAAGAUCAGUGGCUUCUUCAAGAAGGGUCCUGCUCAUCUCGACUAUCCCGUAUCGGAAGUCUACGAGGGACCACUUGACAGCACGAAUCGCGUCACUGACAUUGAAGGUGAACCACUCACCCAUCAUGUCACAGUCUACCACAGCGGAAGAUCUGAUGAGCCAGUGCCGAAGCCAGAAGAAGAGCCCAGAAUUGACAUCGCUGAUGCUGCCAAGACCUUCGGUGACAGGAUCACUGGACUGUUCAAGAGAAGACCAACUAUUCCUGACUAUCCAAUUUCAGAACCGUACGAAGGUCCACUGGAAGCUACGAACAAACGAGAAGAUAUCGAAUCUCAGCCAAUUCACAAUAUCGUCACUGUGUAUCACAGUGGCCGAUCCGAUAUUCCUCAAGAGCCAGUCGCACCACCACCAGCUCCAGUCGAAGUUAUUGCAGUUGUUCCUGCAAGAGACAUGUACUACGACUAUCCUACUACGGCAGCCUACGAAGGACCACUGGAGAGCACAACUCGCGUGACAGACAUCGAAGGUGAGCCUCUCACCUAUCAUGUGAGCGUGUACCACAGUGGCAGAUCUGACGAACCGGCACCUAAACCAGAGAAACCCGAAGAAGAGCCACUCGACAUCGCUGAAGCAGCCAAGGCUCUCGGUGGAAAGAUCAGUGGCUUCUUCAAGAAGGGUCCUGCUCAUCUCGACUAUCCCGUAUCAGAAGUCUACGAGGGACCACUUGACAGCACGAAUCGCGUCACUGACAUUGAAGGUGAACCACUCACCCACCAUGUCACAGUCUACCACAGCGGAAGAUCUGAUGAGCCAGUGCCGAAGCCAGAAGAAGAGCCCAGAAUUGACAUCGCUGAUGCUGCCAAGACCUUCGGUGACAAGAUCACUGGACUGUUCAAGAGAAGACCAACUAUUCCUGACUAUCCAAUAUCAGAACGGUACGAAGGUCCACUGGAAGCUACGAACAAACGAGAAGAUAUCGAAUCUCAGCCAAUUCACAAUAUCGUCACUGUGUAUCACAGUGGCCGAUCCGAUAUUCCUCAAGAGCCAGUCGCACCACCACCAGCUCCAGUCGAAGUUAUUGCAGUUGUUCCUGCAAGAGACAUGUACUACGACUAUCCUACUACGGCAGCCUACGAAGGACCACUGGAGAGCACAACUCGCGUGACAGACAUCGAAGGUGAGCCUCUCACCUAUCAUGUGAGCGUGUACCACAGUGGCAGAUCUGACGAACCGGCACCUAAACCAGAGAAACCCGAAGAAGAGCCACUCGACAUCGCUGAAGCAGCCAAGGCUCUCGGUGGAAAGAUCAGUGGCUUCUUUAAGAAGGGUCCUGCUCAUCUCGACUAUCCCGUAUCGGAAGUCUACGAGGGACCACUUGACAGCACGAAUCGCGUCACUGACAUUGAAGGUGAACCACUCACCCACCAUGUCACAGUCUACCACAGCGGAAGAUCUGAUGAGCCAGUGCCGAAGCCAGAAGAAGAGCCCAGAAUUGACAUCGCUGAUGCUGCCAAGAUCUUCGGUGACAAGAUCACUGGACUGUUCAAGAGAAGACCAACUAUUCCUGACUAUCCAAUUUCAGAACCGUACGAAGGUCCACUGGAAGCUACGAACAAACGAGAAGAUAUCGAAUCUCAGCCAAUUCACAAUAUCGUCACUGUGUAUCACAGUGGCCGAUCCGAUAUUCCUCAAGAGCCAGUCGCACCACCACCAGCUCCAGUCGAAGUUAUUGCAGUUGUUCCUGCAAGAGACAUGUACUACGACUAUCCUACUACCGCAGCCUACGAAGGACCACUGGAGAGCACAACUCGCGUGACAGACAUCGAAGGUGAGCCUCUCACCUAUCAUGUGAGCGUGUACCACAGUGGCAGAUCUGAUGAACCGGCACCUAAACCAGAGAAACCCGAAGAAGAGCCACUCGACAUCGCUGAAGCAGCCAAGGCUCUCGGUGGAAAGAUCAGUGGCUUCUUCAAGAAGGGUCCUGCUCAUCUCGACUAUCCUGUAUCGGAAGUCUACGAGGGACCACUUGACAGCACGAAUCGCGUCACUGACAUUGAAGGUGAACCACUCACCCACCAUGUCACAGUCUACCACAGCGGAAGAUCUGAUGAGCCAGUGCCGAAGCCAGAAGAAGAGCCCAGAAUUGACAUCGCUGAUGCUGCCAAGACCUUCGAACCGUACGAAGGUCCACUGGAAGCUACGAACAAACGAGAAGAUAUCGAAUCUCAGCCAAUUCACAAUAUCGUCACUGUGUAUCACAGUGGCCGAUCCGAUAUUCCUCAAGAGCCAGUCGCACCACCACCAGCUCCAGUCGAAGUUAUUGCAGUUGUUCCUGCAAGAGACAUGUACUACGACUAUCCUACUACCGCAGCCUACGAAGGACCACUGGAGAGCACAACUCGCGUGACAGACAUCGAAGGUGAGCCUCUCACCUAUCAUGUGAGCGUGUACCACAGUGGCAGAUCUGAUGAACCGGCACCUAAACCAGAGAAACCCGAAGAAGAGCCACUCGACAUCGCUGAAGCAGCCAAGGCUCUCGGUGGAAAGAUCAGUGGCUUCUUCAAGAAGGGUCCUGCUCAUCUCGACUAUCCCGUAUCGGAAGUCUACGAGGGACCACUUGACAGCACGAAUCGCGUCACUGACAUUGAAGGUGAACCACUCACCCACCAUGUCACAGUCUACCACAGCGGAAGAUCUGAUGAGCCAGUGCCGAAGCCAGAAGAAGAGCCCAGAAUUGACAUCGCUGAUGCUGCCAAGACCUUCGGUGACAAGAUCACUGGACUGUUCAAGAGAAGACCAACUAUUCCUGACUAUCCAAUAUCAGAACCGUACGAAGGUCCACUGGAAGCUACGAACAAACGAGAAGAUAUCGAAUCUCAGCCAAUUCACAAUAUCGUCACUGUGUAUCACAGUGGCCGAUCCGAUAUUCCUCAAGAGCCAGUUGCACCACCACCAGCUCCAGUCGAAGUUAUUGCAGUUGUUCCUGCAAGAGACAUGUACUACGACUAUCCUACUACGGCAGCCUACGAAGGACCACUGGAGAGCACAACUCGCGUGACAGACAUCGAAGGUGAGCCUCUCACCUAUCAUGUGAGCGUGUACCACAGUGGCAGAUCUGAUGAACCGGCACCUAAACCAGAGAAACCCGAAGAAGAGCCACUCGACAUCGCUGAAGCAGCCAAGGCUCUCGGUGGAAAGAUCAGUGGCUUCUUCAAGAAGGGUCCUGCUCAUCUCGACUAUCCCGUAUCGGAAGUCUACGAGGGACCACUCGACAGCACGAAUCGCGUCACUGACAUUGAAGGUGAACCACUCACCCACCAUGUCACAGUCUACCACAGCGGAAGAUCUGAUGAGCCAGUGCCGAAGUCAGAAGAAGAGCCCAGAAUUGACAUCGCUGAUGCUGCCAAGACCUUCGGUGAUAAGAUCACUGGACUGUUCAAGAGAAGACCAACUAUUCCUGACUAUCCAAUAUCAGAACCGUACGAAGGUCCACUGGAAGCUACGAACAAACGAGAAGAUAUCGAAUCUCAGCCAAUUCACAAUAUCGUCACUGUGUAUCACAGUGGCCGAUCCGAUAUUCCUCAAGAGCCAGUCGCACCACCACCAGCUCCAGUCGAAGUUAUUGCAGUUGUUCCUGCAAGAGACAUGUACUACGACUAUCCUACUACGGCAGCCUACGAAGGACCACUGGAGAGCACAACUCGCGUGACAGACAUUGAAGGUGAGCCUCUCACCUAUCAUGUGAGCGUGUACCACAGUGGCAGAUCUGACGAACCGGCACCUAAACCAGAGAAACCCGAAGAAGAGCCACUCGACAUCGCUGAAGCAGCCAAGGCUCUCGGUGGAAAGAUCAGUGGCUUCUUCAAGAAGGGUCCUGCUCAUCUCGACUAUCCCGUAUCGGAAGUUUACGAGGGACCACUUGACAGCACGAAUCGCGUCACUGACAUUGAAGGUGAACCACUCACCCACCAUGUCACAGUCUACCACAGCGGAAGAUCUGAUGAGCCAGUGCCGAAGCCAGAAGAAGAGCCCAGAAUUGACAUCGCUGAUGCUGCCAAGACCUUCGGUGACAAGAUCACUGGACUGUUCAAGAGAAGACCAACUAUUCCUGACUAUCCAAUAUCAGAACCGUACGAAGGUCCACUGGAAGCUACGAACAAACGAGAAGAUAUCGAAUCUCAGCCAAUUCACAAUAUCGUCACUGUGUAUCACAGUGGCCGAUCCGAUAUUCCUCAAGAGCCAGUCGCACCACCACCAGUUCCAGUCGAAGUUAUUGCAGUUGUUCCUGCAAGAGACAUGUACUACGACUAUCCUACUACGGCAGCCUACGAAGGACCACUGGAGAGCACAACUCGCGUGACAGACAUCGAAGGUGAGCCUCUCACCUAUCAUGUGAGCGUGUACCACAGUGGCAGAUCUGACGAACCGGCACCUAAACCAGAGAAACCCGAAGAAGAGCCACUCGACAUCGCUGAAGCAGCCAAGGCUCUCGGUGGAAAGAUCAGUGGCUUCUUCAAGAAGGGUCCUGCUCAUCUCGACUAUCCCGUAUCGGAAGUCUACGAGGGACCACUUGACAGCACGAAUCGCGUCACUGACAUUGAAGGUGAACCACUCACCCACCAUGUCACAGUCUACCACAGCGGAAGAUCUGAUGAGCCAGUGCCGAAGCCAGAAGAAGAGCCCAGAAUUGACAUCGCUGAUGCUGCCAAGACCUUCGGUGACAAGAUCACUGGACUGUUCAAGAGAAGACCAACUAUUCCUGACUAUCCAAUAUCAGAACCGUACGAAGGUCCACUGGAAGCUACGAACAAACGAGAAGAUAUCGAAUCUCAGCCAAUUCACAAUAUCGUCACUGUGUAUCACAGUGGCCGAUCCGAUAUUCCUCAAGAGCCAGCCGCACCACCACCAGCUCCAUUCGAAGUUAUUGCAGUUGUUCCUGCAAGAGACAUGUACUACGACUAUCCUACUACGGCAGCCUACGAAGGACCACUGGAGAGCACAACUCGCGUGAUAGACAUCGAAGGUGAGCCUCUCACCUAUCAUGUGAGCGUGUACCACAGUGGCAGAUCUGACGAACCUGCACCUAAACCAGAGAAACCCGAAGAAGAGCCACUCGACAUCGCUGAAGCAGCCAAGGCUCUCGGUGGAAAGAUCAGUGGCUUCUUCAAGAAGGGUCCUGCUCAUCUCGACUAUCCCGUAUCGGAAGUCUACGAGGGACUACUUGACAGCACGAAUCGCGUCACUGACAUUGAAGGUGAACCACUCACCCACCAUGUCACAGUCUACCACAGCGGAAGAUCUGAUGAGCCAGUGCCGAAGCCAGAAGAAGAGCCCAGAAUUGACAUCGCUGAUGCUGCCAAGACCUUCGGUGACAAGAUCACUGGACUGUUCAAGAGAAGAGCAACUAUUCCUGACUAUCCAAUAUCAGAACCGUACGAAGGUCCACUGGAAGCUACGAACAAACGAGAAGAUAUCGAAUCUCAGCCAAUUCACAAUAUCGUCACUGUGUAUCACAGUGGCCGAUCCGAUAUUCCUCAAGAGCCAGUCGCACCACCACCAGCUCCAGUCGAAGUUAUUGCAGUUGUUCCUGCAAGAGACAUGUACUACGACUAUCCUACUACGGCAGCCUACGAAGGACCACUGGAGAGCACAACUCGCGUGAUAGACAUCGAAGGUGAGCCUCUCACCUAUCAUGUGAGCGUGUACCACAGUGGCAGAUCUGACGAACCGGCACCUAAACCAGAGAAACCCGAAGAAGAGCCACUCGACAUCGCUGAAGCAGCCAAGGCUCUCGGUGGAAAGAUCAGUGGCUUCUUCAAGAAGGGUCCUGCUCAUCUCGACUAUCCCGUAUCGGAAGUCUACGAGGGACCACUUAACAGCACGAAUCGCGUCACUGACAUUGAAGGUGAACCACUCACCCACCAUGUCACAGUCUACCACAGCGGAAGAUCUGAUGAGCCAGUGCCGAAGCCAGAAGAAGAGCCCAGAAUUGACAUCGCUGAUGCUGCCAAGACCUUCGGUGACAAGAUCACUGGACUGUUCAAGAGAAGACCAACUAUUCCUGACUAUCCAAUAUCAGAACCGUACGAAGGUCCACUGGAAGCUACGAACAAACGAGAAGAUAUCGAAUCUCAGCCAAUUCACAAUAUCGUCACUGUGUAUCACAGUGGCCGAUCCGAUAUUCCUCAAGAGCCAGUCGCACCACCACCAGCUCCAGUCGAAGUUAUUGCAGUUGUUCCUGCAAGAGACAUGUACUACGACUAUCCUACUACGGCAGCCUACGAAGGACCACUGGAGAGCACAACUCGCGUGACAGACAUCGAAGGUGAGCCUCUCACCUAUCAUGUGAGCGUGUACCACAGUGGCAGAUCUGAUGAACCGGCACCUAAACCAGAGAAACCCGAAGAAGAGCCACUCGACAUCGCUGAAGCAGCCAAGGCUCUCGGUGGAAAGAUCAGUGGCUUCUUCAAGAAGGGUCCUGCUCAUCUCGACUAUCCCGUAUCGGAAGUCUACGAGGGACCACUUGACAGCACGAAUCGCGUCACUGACAUUGAAGGUGAACCACUCACCCAUCAUGUCACAGUCUACCACAGCGGAAGAUCUGAUGAGCCAGUGCCGAAGCCAGAAGAAGAGCCCAGAAUUGACAUCGCUGAUGCUGCCAAGACCUUCGGUGACAAGAUCGCUGGACUGUUCAAGAGAAGACCAACUAUUCCUGACUAUCCAAUAUCAGAACCGUACGAAGGUCCACUGGAAGCUACGAACAAACGAGAAGAUAUCGAAUCUCAGCCAAUUCACAAUAUCGUCACUGUGUAUCACAGUGGCCGAUCCGAUAUUCCUCAAGAGCCAGUCGCACCACCACCAGCUCCAGUCGAAGUUAUUGAAGUUGUUCCUGCAAGAGACAUGUACUACGACUAUCCUACUACGGCAGCCUACGAAGGACCACUGGAGAGCACAACUCGCGUGACAGACAUCGAAGGUGAGCCUCUCACCUAUCAUGUGAGCGUGUACCACAGUGGCAGAUCUGAUGAACCGGCACCUAAACCAGAGAAACCCGAAGAAGAGCCACUCGACAUCGCUGAAGCAGCCAAGGCUCUCGGUGGAAAGAUCAGUGGCUUCUUCAAGAAGGGUCCUGCUCAUCUCGACUAUCCCGUAUCGGAAGUCUACGAGGGACCACUUUACAGCACGAAUCGCGUCACUGACAUUGAAGGUGAACCACUCACCCACCAUGUCACAGUCUACCACAGCGGAAGAUCUGAUGAGCCAGUGCCGAAGCCAGAAGAAGAGCCCAGAAUUGACAUCGCUGGUGCUGCCAAGACCUUCGGUGACAAGAUCACUGGACUGUUCAAGAGAAGACCAACUAUUCCUGACUAUCCAAUAUCAGAACCGUACGAAGGUCCACUGGAAGCUACGAACAAACGAGAAGAUAUCGAAUCUCAGCCAAUUCACAAUAUCGUCACUGUGUAUCACAGUGGCCGAUCCGAUAUUCCUCAAGAGCCAGUCGCACCACCACCAGCUCCAGUCGAAGUUAUUGCAGUUGUUCCUGCAAGAGACAUGUACUACGACUAUCCUACUACGGCAGCCUACGAAGGACCACUGGAGAGCACAACUCGCGUGACAGACAUCGAAGGUGAGCCUCUCACCUAUCAUGUGAGCGUGUACCACAGUGGCAGAUCUGACGAACCGGCACCUAAACCAGAGAAACCCGAAGAAGAGCCACUCGACAUCGCUGAAGCAGCCAAGGCUCUCGGUGGAAAGAUCAGUGGCUUCUUCAAGAAGGGUCCUGCUCAUCUCGACUAUCCCGUAUCGGAAGUCUACGAGGGACCACUUGACAGCACGAAUCGCGUCACUGACAUUGAAGGUGAACCACUCACCCACCAUGUCACAGUCUACCACAGCGGAAGAUCUGAUGAGCCAGUGCCGAAGCCAGAAGAAGAGCCCAGAAUUGACAUCGCUGAUGCUGCCAAGACCUUCGGUGACAAGAUCACUGGACUGUUCAAGAGAAGACCAACUAUUCCUGACUAUCCAAUAUCAGAACCGUACGAAGGUCCACUGGAAGCUACGAACAAACGAGAAGAUAUCGAAUCUCAGCCAAUUCACAAUAUCGUCACUGUGUAUCACAGUGGCCGAACCGAUAUUCCUCAAGAGCCAGUCGCACCACCACCAGCUCCAGUCGAAGUUAUUGCAGUUGUUCCUGCAAGAGACAUGUACUACGACUAUCCUACUACGGCAGCCUACGAAGGACCACUGGAGAGCACAACUCGCGUGACAGACAUCGAAGGUGAGCCUCUCACCUAUCAUGUGAGCGUGUACCACAGUGGCAGAUCUGAUGAACCGGCACCUAAACCAGAGAAACCCGAAGAAGAGCCACUCGACAUCGCUGAAGCAGCCAAGGCUCUCGGUGGAAAGAUCAGUGGCUUCUUCAAGAAGGGUCCUGCUCAUCUCGACUAUCCCGUAUCGGAAGUCUACGAGGGACCACUUGACAGCACGAAUCGCGUCACUGACAUUGAAGGUGAACCACUCACCCACCAUGUCACAGUCUACCACAGCGGAAGAUCUGAUGAGCCAGUGCCGAAGCCAGAAGAAGAGCCCAGAAUUGACAUCGCUGAUGCUGCCAAGACCUUCGGUGACAAGAUCACUGGACUGUUCAAGAGAAGACCAACUAUUCCUGACUAUCCAAUUUCAGAACCGUACGAAGGUCCACUGGAAGCUACGAACAAACGAGAAGAUAUCGAAUCUCAGCCAAUUCACAAUAUCGUCACUGUGUAUCACAGUGGCCGAUCCGAUAUUCCUCAAGAGCCAGUCGCACCACCACCAGCUCCAGUCGAAGUUAUUGCAGUUGUUCCUGCAAGAGACAUGUACUACGACUAUCCUACUACGGCAGCCUACGAAGGACCACUGGAGAGCACAACUCGCGUGACAGACAUCGAAGGUGAGCCUCUCACCUAUCAUGUGAGCGUGUACCACAGUGGCAGAUCUGACGAACCGGCACCUAAACCAGAGAAACCCGAAGAAGAGCCACUCGACAUCGCUGAAGCAGCCAAGGCUCUCGGUGGAAAGAUCAGUGGCUUCUUCAAGAAGGGUCCUGCUCAUCUCGACUAUCCCGUAUCGGAAGUCUACGAGGGACCACUUGACAGCACGAAUCGCGUCACUGACAUUGAAGGUGAACCACUCACCCACCAUGUCACAGUCUACCACAGCGGAAGAUCUGAUGAGCCAGUGCCGAAGCCAGAAGAAGAGCCCAGAAUUGACAUCGCUGAUGCUGCCAAGACCUUCGGUGACAAGAUCACUGGACUGUUCAAGAGAAGACCAACUAUUCCUGACUAUCCAAUAUCAGAACCGUACGAAGGUCCACUGGAAGCUACGAACAAACGAGAAGAUAUCGAAUCUCAGCCAAUUCACAAUAUCGUCACUGUGUAUCACAGUGGCCGAUCCGAUAUUCCUCAAGAGCCAGUCGCACCACCACCAGCUCCAGUCGAAGUUAUUGCAGUUGUUCCUGCAAGAGACAUGUACUACGACUAUCCUACUACGGCAGCCUACGAAGGACCACUGGAGAGCACAACUCGCGUGACAGACAUCGAAGGUGAGCCUCUCACCUAUCAUGUGAGCGUGUACCACAGUGGCAGAUCUGAUGAACCGGCACCUAAACCAGAGAAACCCGAAGAAGAGCCACUCGACAUCGCUGAAGCAGCCAAGGCUCUCGGUGGAAAGAUCAGUGGCUUCUUCAAGAAGGGUCCUGCUCAUCUCGACUAUCCCGUAUCGGAAGUCUACGAGGGACCACUUGACAGCACGAAUCGCGUCACUGACAUUGAAGGUGAACCACUCACCCACCAUGUCACAGUCUACCACAGCGGAAGAUCUGAUGAGCCAGUGCCGAAGCCAGAAGAAGAGCCCAGAAUUGACAUCGCUGAUGCUGCCAAGACCUUCGGUGACAAGAUCACUGGACUGUUCAAGAGAAGACCAACUAUUCCUGACUAUCCAAUAUCAGAACCGUACGAAGGUCCACUGGAAGCUACGAACAAACGAGAAGAUAUCGAAUCUCAGCCAAUUCACAAUAUCGUCACUGUGUAUCACAGUGGCCGAUCCGAUAUUCCUCAAGAGCCAGUCGCACCACCACCAGCUCCAGUCGAAGUUAUUGCAGUUGUUCCUGCAAGAGACAUGUACUACGACUAUCCUACUACGGCAGCCUACGAAGGACCACUGGAGAGCACAACUCGCGUGACAGACAUCGAAGGUGAGCCUCUCACCUAUCAUGUGAGCGUGUACCACAGUGGCAGAUCUGACGAACCGGCACCUAAACCAGAGAAACCCGAAGAAGAGCCACUCGACAUCGCUGAAGCAGCCAAGGCUCUCGGUGGAAAGAUCAGUGGCUUCUUCAAGAAGGGUCCUGCUCAUCUCGACUAUCCCGUAUCGGAAGUCUACGAGGGACCACUUGACAGCACGAAUCGCGUCACUGACAUUGAAGGUGAACCACUCACCCACCAUGUCACAGUCUACCACAGCGGAAGAUCUGAUGAGCCAGUGCCGAAGCCAGAAGAAGAGCCCAGAAUUGACAUCGCUGAUGCUGCCAAGACCUUCGGUGACAAGAUCACUGGACUGUUCAAGAGAAGACCAACUAUUCCUGACUAUCCAAUAUCAGAACCGUACGAAGGUCCACUGGAAGCUACGAACAAACGAGAAGAUAUCGAAUCUCAGCCAAUUCACAAUAUCGUCACUGUGUAUCACAGUGGCCGAUCCGAUAUUCCUCAAGAGCCAGUCGCACCACCACCAGCUCCAGUCGAAGUUAUUGCAGUUGUUCCUGCAAGAGACAUGUACUACGACUAUCCUACUACGGCAGCCUACGAAGGACCACUGGAGAGCACAACUCGCGUGACAGACAUCGAAGGUGAGCCUCUCACCUAUCAUGUGAGCGUGUACCACAGUGGCAGAUCUGACGAACCGGCACCUAAACCAGAGAAACCCGAAGAAGAGCCACUCGACAUCGCUGAAGCAGCCAAGGCUCUCGGUGGAAAGAUCAGUGGCUUCUUCAAGAAGGGUCCUGCUCAUCUCGACUAUCCCGUAUCGGAAGUCUACGAGGGACCACUUGACAGCACGAAUCGCGUCACUGACAUUGAAGGUGAACCACUCACCCACCAUGUCACAGUCUACCACAGCGGAAGAUCUGAUGAGCCAGUGCCGAAGCCAGAAGAAGAGCCCAGAAUUGACAUCGCUGAUGCUGCCAAGACCUUCGGUGACAAGAUCACUGGACUGUUCAAGAGAAGACCAACUAUUCCUGACUAUCCAAUAUCAGAACCGUACGAAGGUCCACUGGAAGCUACGAACAAACGAGAAGAUAUCGAAUCUCAGCCAAUUCACAAUAUCGUCACUGUGUAUCACAGUGGCCGAUCCGAUAUUCCUCAAGAGCCAGUCGCACCACCACCAGCUCCAGUCGAAGUUAUUGCAGUUGUUCCUGCAAGAGACAUGUACUACGACUAUCCUACUACGGCAGCCUACGAAGGACCACUGGAGAGCACAACUCGCGUGACAGACAUCGAAGGUGAGCCUCUCACCUAUCAUGUGAGCGUGUACCACAGUGGCAGAUCUGAUGAACCGGCACCUAAACCAGAGAAACCCGAAGAAGAGCCACUCGACAUCGCUGAAGCAGCCAAGGCUCUCGGUGGAAAGAUCAGUGGCUUCUUCAAGAAGGGUCCUGCUCAUCUCGACUAUCCCGUAUCGGAAGUCUACGAGGGACCACUUGACAGCACGAAUCGCGUCACUGACAUUGAAGGUGAACCACUCACCCACCAUGUCACAGUCUACCACAGCGGAAGAUCUGAUGAGCCAGUGCCGAAGCCAGAAGAAGAGCCCAGAAUUGACAUCGCUGAUGCUGCCAAGACCUUCGGUGACAAGAUCACUGGACUGUUCAAGAGAAGACCAACUAUUCCUGACUAUCCAAUAUCAGAACCGUACGAAGGUCCACUGGAAGCUACGAACAAACGAGAAGAUAUCGAAUCUCAGCCAAUUCACAAUAUCGUCACUGUGUAUCACAGUGGCCGAUCCGAUAUUCCUCAAGAGCCAGUCGCACCACCACCAGCUCCAGUCGAAGUUAUUGCAGUUGUUCCUGCAAGAGACAUGUACUACGACUAUCCUACUACGGCAGCCUACGAAGGACCACUGGAGAGCACAACUCGCGUGACAGACAUCGAAGGUGAGCCUCUCACCUAUCAUGUGAGCGUGUACCACAGUGGCAGAUCUGAUGAACCGGCACCUAAACCAGAGAAACCCGAAGAAGAGCCACUCGACAUCGCUGAAGCAGCCAAGGCUCUCGGUGGAAAGAUCAGUGGCUUCUUCAAGAAGGGUCCUGCUCAUCUCGACUAUCCCGUAUCGGAAGUCUACGAGGGACCACUUGACAGCACGAAUCGCGUCACUGACAUUGAAGGUGAACCACUCACCCACCAUGUCACAGUCUACCACAGCGGAAGAUCUGAUGAGCCAGUGCCGAAGCCAGAAGAAGAGCCCAGAAUUGACAUCGCUGAUGCUGCCAAGACCUUCGGUGACAAGAUCACUGGACUGUUCAAGAGAAGACCAACUAUUCCUGACUAUCCAAUAUCAGAACCGUACGAAGGUCCACUGGAAGCUACGAACAAACGAGAAGAUAUCGAAUCUCAGCCAAUUCACAAUAUCGUCACUGUGUAUCACAGUGGCCGAUCCGAUAUUCCUCAAGAGCCAGUCGCACCACCACCAGCUCCAGUCGAAGUUAUUGCAGUUGUUCCUGCAAGAGACAUGUACUACGACUAUCCUACUACGGCAGCCUACGAAGGACCACUGGAGAGCACAACUCGCGUGACAGACAUCGAAGGUGAGCCUCUCACCUAUCAUGUGAGCGUGUACCACAGUGGCAGAUCUGAUGAACCGGCACCUAAACCAGAGAAACCCGAAGAAGAGCCACUCGACAUCGCUGAAGCAGCCAAGGCUCUCGGUGGAAAGAUCAGUGGCUUCUUCAAGAAGGGUCCUGCUCAUCUCGACUAUCCCGUAUCGGAAGUCUACGAGGGACCACUUGACAGCACGAAUCGCGUCACUGACAUUGAAGGUGAACCACUCACCCACCAUGUCACAGUCUACCACAGCGGAAGAUCUGAUGAGCCAGUGCCGAAGCCAGAAGAAGAGCCCAGAAUUGACAUCGCUGAUGCUGCCAAGACCUUCGGUGACAAGAUCACUGGACUGUUCAAGAGAAGACCAACUAUUCCUGACUAUCCAAUAUCAGAACCGUACGAAGGUCCACUGGAAGCUACGAACAAACGAGAAGAUAUCGAAUCUCAGCCAAUUCACAAUAUCGUCACUGUGUAUCACAGUGGCCGAUCCGAUAUUCCUCAAGAGCCAGUCGCACCACCACCAGCUCCAGUCGAAGUUAUUGCAGUUGUUCCUGCAAGAGACAUGUACUACGACUAUCCUACUACGGCAGCCUACGAAGGACCACUGGAGAGCACAACUCGCGUGACAGACAUCGAAGGUGAGCCUCUCACCUAUCAUGUGAGCGUGUACCACAGUGGCAGAUCUGAUGAACCGGCACCUAAACCAGAGAAACCCGAAGAAGAGCCACUCGACAUCGCUGAAGCAGCCAAGGCUCUCGGUGGAAAGAUCAGUGGCUUCUUCAAGAAGGGUCCUGCUCAUCUCGACUAUCCCGUAUCGGAAGUCUACGAGGGACCACUUGACAGCACGAAUCGCGUCACUGACAUUGAAGGUGAACCACUCACCCACCAUGUCACAGUCUACCACAGCGGAAGAUCUGAUGAGCCAGUGCCGAAGCCAGAAGAAGAGCCCAGAAUUGACAUCGCUGAUGCUGCCAAGACCUUCGGUGACAAGAUCACUGGACUGUUCAAGAGAAGACCAACUAUUCCUGACUAUCCAAUAUCAGAACCGUACGAAGGUCCACUGGAAGCUACGAACAAACGAGAAGAUAUCGAAUCUCAGCCAAUUCACAAUAUCGUCACUGUGUAUCACAGUGGCCGAUCCGAUAUUCCUCAAGAGCCAGUCGCACCACCACCAGCUCCAGUCGAAGUUAUUGCAGUUGUUCCUGCAAGAGACAUGUACUACGACUAUCCUACUACGGCAGCCUACGAAGGACCACUGGAGAGCACAACUCGCGUGACAGACAUCGAAGGUCAGCCUCUCACCUAUCAUGUGAGCGUGUACCACAGUGGCAGAUCUGAUGAACCGGCACCUAAACCAGAGAAACCCGAAGAAGAGCCACUCGACAUCGCUGAAGCAGCCAAGGCUCUCGGUGGAAAGAUCAGUGGCUUCUUCAAGAAGGGUCCUGCUCAUCUCGACUAUCCCGUAUCGGAAGUCUACGAGGGACCACUUGACAGCACGAAUCGCGUCACUGACAUUGAAGGUGAACCACUCACCCACCAUGUCACAGUCUACCACAGCGGAAGAUCUGAUGAGCCAGUGCCGAAGCCAGAAGAAGAGCCCAGAAUUGACAUCGCUGAUGCUGCCAAGACCUUCGGUGACAAGAUCACUGGACUGUUCAAGAGAAGACCAACUAUUCCUGACUAUCCAAUAUCAGAACCGUACGAAGGUCCACUGGAAGCUACGAACAAACGAGAAGAUAUCGAAUCUCAGCCAAUUCACAAUAUCGUCACUGUGUAUCACAGUGGCCGAUCCGAUAUUCCUCAAGAGCCAGUCGCACCACCACCAGCUCCAGUCGAAGUUAUUGCAGUUGUUCCUGCAAGAGACAUGUACUACGACUAUCCUACUACGGCAGCCUACGAAGGACCACUGGAGAGCACAACUCGCGUGACAGACAUCGAAGGUGAGCCUCUCACCUAUCAUGUGAGCGUGUACCACAGUGGCAGAUCUGAUGAACCGGCACCUAAACCAGAGAAACCCGAAGAAGAGCCACUCGACAUCGCUGAAGCAGCCAAGGCUCUCGGUGGAAAGAUCAGUGGCUUCUUCAAGAAGGGUCCUGCUCAUCUCGACUAUCCCGUAUCGGAAGUCUACGAGGGACCACUUGACAGCACGAAUCGCGUCACUGACAUUGAAGGUGAACCACUCACCCACCAUGUCACAGUCUACCACAGCGGAAGAUCUGAUGAGCCAGUGCCGAAGCCAGAAGAAGAGCCCAGAAUUGACAUCGCUGAUGCUGCCAAGACCUUCGGUGACAAGAUCACUGGACUGUUCAAGAGAAGACCAACUAUUCCUGACUAUCCAAUAUCAGAACCGUACGAAGGUCCACUGGAAGCUACGAACAAACGAGAAGAUAUCGAAUCUCAGCCAAUUCACAAUAUCGUCACUGUGUAUCACAGUGGCCGAUCCGAUAUUCCUCAAGAGCCAGUCGCACCACCACCAGCUCCAGUCGAAGUUAUUGCAGUUGUUCCUGCAAGAGACAUGUACUACGACUAUCCUACUACGGCAGCCUACGAAGGACCACUGGAGAGCACAACUCGCGUGACAGACAUCGAAGGUGAGCCUCUCACCUAUCAUGUGAGCGUGUACCACAGUGGCAGAUCUGAUGAACCGGCACCUAAACCAGAGAAACCCGAAGAAGAGCCACUCGACAUCGCUGAAGCAGCCAAGGCUCUCGGUGGAAAGAUCAGUGGCUUCUUCAAGAAGGGUCCUGCUCAUCUCGACUAUCCCGUAUCGGAAGUCUACGAGGGACCACUUGACAGCACGAAUCGCGUCACUGACAUUGAAGGUGAACCACUCACCCACCAUGUCACAGUCUACCACAGCGGAAGAUCUGAUGAGCCAGUGCCGAAGCCAGAAGAAGAGCCCAGAAUUGACAUCGCUGAUGCUGCCAAGACCUUCGGUGACAAGAUCACUGGACUGUUCAAGAGAAGACCAACUAUUCCUGACUAUCCAAUAUCAGAACCGUACGAAGGUCCACUGGAAGCUACGAACAAACGAGAAGAUAUCGAAUCUCAGCCAAUUCACAAUAUCGUCACUGUGUAUCACAGUGGCCGAUCCGAUAUUCCUCAAGAGCCAGUCGCACCACCACCAGCUCCAGUCGAAGUUAUUGCAGUUGUUCCUGCAAGAGACAUGUACUACGACUAUCCUACUACGGCAGCCUACGAAGGACCACUGGAGAGCACAACUCGCGUGACAGACAUCGAAGGUCAGCCUCUCACCUAUCAUGUGAGCGUGUACCACAGUGGCAGAUCUGAUGAACCGGCACCUAAACCAGAGAAACCCGAAGAAGAGCCACUCGACAUCGCUGAAGCAGCCAAGGCUCUCGGUGGAAAGAUCAGUGGCUUCUUCAAGAAGGGUCCUGCUCAUCUCGACUAUCCCGUAUCGGAAGUCUACGAGGGACCACUUGACAGCACGAAUCGCGUCACUGACAUUGAAGGUGAACCACUCACCCACCAUGUCACAGUCUACCACAGCGGAAGAUCUGAUGAGCCAGUGCCGAAGCCAGAAGAAGAGCCCAGAAUUGACAUCGCUGAUGCUGCCAAGACCUUCGGUGACAAGAUCACUGGACUGUUCAAGAGAAGACCAACUAUUCCUGACUAUCCAAUAUCAGAACCGUACGAAGGUCCACUGGAAGCUACGAACAAACGAGAAGAUAUCGAAUCUCAGCCAAUUCACAAUAUCGUCACUGUGUAUCACAGUGGCCGAUCCGAUAUUCCUCAAGAGCCAGUCGCACCACCACCAGCUCCAGUCGAAGUUAUUGCAGUUGUUCCUGCAAGAGACAUGUACUACGACUAUCCUACUACGGCAGCCUACGAAGGACCACUGGAGAGCACAACUCGCGUGACAGACAUCGAAGAGAAACCCGAAGAAGAGCCACUCGACAUCGCUGAAGCAGCCAAGGCUCUCGGUGGAAAGAUCAGUGGCUUCUUCAAGAAGGGUCCUGCUCAUCUCGACUAUCCCGUAUCGGAAGUUUACGAGGGACCACUUGACAGCACGAAUCGCGUCACUGACAUUGAAGGUGAACCACUCACCCACCAUGUCACAGUCUACCACAGCGGAAGAUCUGAUGAGCCAGUGCCGAAGCCAGAAGAAGAGCCCAGAAUUGACAUCGCUGAUGCUGCCAAGACCUUCGGUGACAAGAUCACUGGACUGUUCAAGAGAAGACCAACUAUUCCUGACUAUCCAAUAUCAGAACCGUACGAAGGUCCACUGGAAGCUACGAACAAACGAGAAGAUAUCGAAUCUCAGCCAAUUCACAAUAUCGUCACUGUGUAUCACAGUGGCCGAUCCGAUAUUCCUCAAGAGCCAGUCGCACCACCACCAGCUCCAGUCGAAGUUAUUGCAGUUGUUCCUGCAAGAGACAUGUACUACGACUAUCCUACUACGGCAGCCUACGAAGGACCACUGGAGAGCACAACUCGCGUGACAGACAUCGAAGGUGAGCCUCUCACCUAUCAUGUGAGCGUGUACCACAGUGGCAGAUCUGAUGAACCGGCACCUAAACCAGAGAAACCCGAAGAAGAGCCACUCGACAUCGCUGAAGCAGCCAAGGCUCUCGGUGGAAAGAUCAGUGGCUUCUUCAAGAAGGGUCCUGCUCAUCUCGACUAUCCCGUAUCGGAAGUCUACGAGGGACCACUUGACAGCACGAAUCGCGUCACUGACAUUGAAGGUGAACCACUCACCCACCAUGUCACAGUCUACCACAGCGGAAGAUCUGAUGAGCCAGUGCCGAAGCCAGAAGAAGAGCCCAGAAUUGACAUCGCUGAUGCUGCCAAGACCUUCGGUGACAAGAUCACUGGACUGUUCAAGAGAAGACCAACUAUUCCUGACUAUCCAAUAUCAGAACCGUACGAAGGUCCACUGGAAGCUACGAACAAACGAGAAGAUAUCGAAUCUCAGCCAAUUCACAAUAUCGUCACUGUGUAUCACAGUGGCCGAUCCGAUAUUCCUCAAGAGCCAGUCGCACCACCACCAGCUCCAGUCGAAGUUAUUGCAGUUGUUCCUGCAAGAGACAUGUACUACGACUAUCCUACUACGGCAGCCUACGAAGGACCACUGGAGAGCACAACUCGCGUGACAGACAUCGAAGGUGAGCCUCUCACCUAUCAUGUGAGCGUGUACCACAGUGGCAGAUCUGAUGAACCGGCACCUAAACCAGAGAAACCCGAAGAAGAGCCACUCGACAUCGCUGAAGCAGCCAAGGCUCUCGGUGGAAAGAUCAGUGGCUUCUUCAAGAAGGGUCCUGCUCAUCUCGACUAUCCCGUAUCGGAAGUCUACGAGGGACCACUUGACAGCACGAAUCGCGUCACUGACAUUGAAGGUGAACCACUCACCCACCAUGUCACAGUCUACCACAGCGGAAGAUCUGAUGAGCCAGUGCCGAAGCCAGAAGAAGAGCCCAGAAUUGACAUCGCUGAUGCUGCCAAGACCUUCGGUGACAAGAUCACUGGACUGUUCAAGAGAAGACCAACUAUUCCUGACUAUCCAAUAUCAGAACCGUACGAAGGUCCACUGGAAGCUACGAACAAACGAGAAGAUAUCGAAUCUCAGCCAAUUCACAAUAUCGUCACUGUGUAUCACAGUGGCCGAUCCGAUAUUCCUCAAGAGCCAGUCGCACCACCACCAGCUCCAGUCGAAGUUAUUGCAGUUGUUCCUGCAAGAGACAUGUACUACGACUAUCCUACUACGGCAGCCUACGAAGGACCACUGGAGAGCACAACUCGCGUGACAGACAUCGAAGGUGAGCCUCUCACCUAUCAUGUGAGCGUGUACCACAGUGGCAGAUCUGAUGAACCGGCACCUAAACCAGAGAAACCCGAAGAAGAGCCACUCGACAUCGCUGAAGCAGCCAAGGCUCUCGGUGGAAAGAUCAGUGGCUUCUUCAAGAAGGGUCCUGCUCAUCUCGACUAUCCCGUAUCGGAAGUCUACGAGGGACCACUUGACAGCACGAAUCGCGUCACUGACAUUGAAGGUGAACCACUCACCCACCAUGUCACAGUCUACCACAGCGGAAGAUCUGAUGAGCCAGUGCCGAAGCCAGAAGAAGAGCCCAGAAUUGACAUCGCUGAUGCUGCCAAGACCUUCGGUGACAAGAUCACUGGACUGUUCAAGAGAAGACCAACUAUUCCUGACUAUCCAAUAUCAGAACCGUACGAAGGUCCACUGGAAGCUACGAACAAACGAGAAGAUAUCGAAUCUCAGCCAAUUCACAAUAUCGUCACUGUGUAUCACAGUGGCCGAUCCGAUAUUCCUCAAGAGCCAGUCGCACCACCACCAGCUCCAGUCGAAGUUAUUGCAGUUGUUCCUGCAAGAGACAUGUACUACGACUAUCCUACUACGGCAGCCUACGAAGGACCACUGGAGAGCACAACUCGCGUGACAGACAUCGAAGGUGAGCCUCUCACCUAUCAUGUGAGCGUGUACCACAGUGGCAGAUCUGAUGAACCGGCACCUAAACCAGAGAAACCCGAAGAAGAGCCACUCGACAUCGCUGAAGCAGCCAAGGCUCUCGGUGGAAAGAUCAGUGGCUUCUUCAAGAAGGGUCCUGCUCAUCUCGACUAUCCCGUAUCGGAAGUCUACGAGGGACCACUUGACAGCACGAAUCGCGUCACUGACAUUGAAGGUGAACCACUCACCCACCAUGUCACAGUCUACCACAGCGGAAGAUUUGAUGAGCCAGUGCCGAAGCCAGAAGAAGAGCCCAGAAUUGACAUCGCUGAUGCUGCCAAGACCUUCGGUGACAAGAUCACUGGACUGUUCAAGAGAAGACCAACUAUUCCUGACUAUCCAAUAUCAGAACCGUACGAAGGUCCACUGGAAGCUACGAACAAACGAGAAGAUAUCGAAUCUCAGCCAAUUCACAAUAUCGUCACUGUGUAUCACAGUGGCCGAUCCGAUAUUCCUCAAGAGCCAGUCGCACCACCACCAGCUCCAGUCGAAGUUAUUGCAGUUGUUCCUGCAAGAGACAUGUACUACGACUAUCCUACUACGGCAGCCUACGAAGGACCACUGGAGAGCACAACUCGCGUGACAGACAUCGAAGGUGAGCCUCUCACCUAUCAUGUGAGCGUGUACCACAGUGGCAGAUCUGACGAACCGGCACCUAAACCAGAGAAACCCGAAGAAGAGCCACUCGACAUCGCUGAAGCAGCCAAGGCUCUCGGUGGAAAGAUCAGUGGCUUCUUCAAGAAGGGUCCUGCUCAUCUCGACUAUCCCGUAUCGGAAGUUUACGAGGGACCACUUGACAGCACGAAUCGCGUCACUGACAUUGAAGGUGAACCACUCACCCACCAUGUCACAGUCUACCACAGCGGAAGAUCUGAUGAGCCAGUGCCGAAGCCAGAAGAAGAGCCCAGAAUUGACAUCGCUGAUGCUGCCAAGACCUUCGGUGACAAGAUCACUGGACUGUUCAAGAGAAGACCAACUAUUCCUGACUAUCCAAUAUCAGAACCGUACGAAGGUCCACUGGAAGCUACGAACAAACGAGAAGAUAUCGAAUCUCAGCCAAUUCACAAUAUCGUCACUGUGUAUCACAGUGGCCGAUCCGAUAUUCCUCAAGAGCCAGUCGCACCACCACCAGCUCCAGUCGAAGUUAUUGCAGUUGUUCCUGCAAGAGACAUGUACUACGACUAUCCUACUACGGCAGCCUACGAAGGACCACUGGAGAGCACAACUCGCGUGACAGACAUCGAAGGUGAGCCUCUCACCUAUCAUGUGAGCGUGUACCACAGUGGCAGAUCUGAUGAACCGGCACCUAAACCAGACAAACCCGAAGAAGAGCCACUCGACAUCGCUGAAGCAGCCAAGGCUCUCGGUGGAAAGAUCAGUGGCUUCUUCAAGAAGGGUCCUGCUCAUCUCGACUAUCCCGUAUCGGAAGUCUACGAGGGACCACUUGACAGCACGAAUCGCGUCACUGACAUUGAAGGUGAACCACUCACCCACCAUGUCACAGUCUACCACAGCGGAAGAUCUGAUGAGCCAGUGCCGAAGCCAGAAGAAGAGCCCAGAAUUGACAUCGCUGAUGCUGCCAAGACCUUCGGUGACAAGAUCACUGGACUGUUCAAGAGAAGACCAACUAUUCCUGACUAUCCAAUAUCAGAACCGUACGAAGGUCCACUGGAAGCUACGAACAAACGAGAAGAUAUCGAAUCUCAGCCAAUUCACAAUAUCGUCACUGUGUAUCACAGUGGCCGAUCCGAUAUUCCUCAAGAGCCAGUCGCACCACCACCAGCUCCAGUCGAAGUUAUUGCAGUUGUUCCUGCAAGAGACAUGUACUACGACUAUCCUACUACGGCAGCCUACGAAGGACCACUGGAGAGCACAACUCGCGUGACAGACAUCGAAGGUGAGCCUCUCACCUAUCAUGUGAGCGUGUACCACAGUGGCAGAUCUGAUGAACCGGCACCUAAACCAGAGAAACCCGAAGAAGAGCCACUCGACAUCGCUGAAGCAGCCAAGGCUCUCGGUGGAAAGAUCAGUGGCUUCUUCAAGAAGGGUCCUGCUCAUCUCGACUAUCCCGUAUCGGAAGUCUACGAGGGACCACUUGACAGCACGAAUCGCGUCACUGACAUUGAAGGUGAACCACUCACCCACCAUGUCACAGUCUACCACAGCGGAAGAUCUGAUGAGCCAGUGCCGAAGCCAGAAGAAGAGCCCAGAAUUGACAUCGCUGAUGCUGCCAAGACCUUCGGUGACAAGAUCACUGGACUGUUCAAGAGAAGACCAACUAUUCCUGACUAUCCAAUAUCAGAACCGUACGAAGGUCCACUGGAAGCUACGAACAAACGAGAAGAUAUCGAAUCUCAGCCAAUUCACAAUAUCGUCACUGUGUAUCACAGUGGCCGAUCCGAUAUUCCUCAAGAGCCAGUCGCACCACCACCAGCUCCAGUCGAAGUUAUUGCAGUUGUUCCUGCAAGAGACAUGUACUACGACUAUCCUACUACGGCAGCCUACGAAGGACCACUGGAGAGCACAACUCGCGUGACAGACAUCGAAGGUGAGCCUCUCACCUAUCAUGUGAGCGUGUACCACAGUGGCAGAUCUGAUGAACCGGCACCUAAACCAGAGAAACCCGAAGAAGAGCCACUCGACAUCGCUGAAGCAGCCAAGGCUCUCGGUGGAAAGAUCAGUGGCUUCUUCAAGAAGGGUCCUGCUCAUCUCGACUAUCCCGUAUCGGAAGUCUACGAGGGACCACUUGACAGCACGAAUCGCGUCACUGACAUUGAAGGUGAACCACUCACCCACCAUGUCACAGUCUACCACAGCGGAAGAUCUGAUGAGCCAGUGCCGAAGCCAGAAGAAGAGCCCAGAAUUGACAUCGCUGAUGCUGCCAAGACCUUCGGUGACAAGAUCACUGGACUGUUCAAGAGAAGACCAACUAUUCCUGACUAUCCAAUAUCAGAACCGUACGAAGGUCCACUGGAAGCUACGAACAAACGAGAAGAUAUCGAAUCUCAGCCAAUUCACAAUAUCGUCACUGUGUAUCACAGUGGCCGAUCCGAUAUUCCUCAAGAGCCAGUCGCACCACCACCAGCUCCAGUCGAAGUUAUUGCAGUUGUUCCUGCAAGAGACAUGUACUACGACUAUCCUACUACGGCAGCCUACGAAGGACCACUGGAGAGCACAACUCGCGUGACAGACAUCGAAGGUGAGCCUCUCACCUAUCAUGUGAGCGUGUACCACAGUGGCAGAUCUGAUGAACCGGCACCUAAACCAGAGAAACCCGAAGAAGAGCCACUCGACAUCGCUGAAGCAGCCAAGGCUCUCGGUGGAAAGAUCAGUGGCUUCUUCAAGAAGGGUCCUGCUCAUCUCGACUAUCCCGUAUCGGAAGUCUACGAGGGACCACUUGACAGCACGAAUCGCGUCACUGACAUUGAAGGUGAACCACUCACCCACCAUGUCACAGUCUACCACAGCGGAAGAUCUGAUGAGCCAGUGCCGAAGCCAGAAGAAGAGCCCAGAAUUGACAUCGCUGAUGCUGCCAAGACCUUCGGUGACAAGAUCACUGGACUGUUCAAGAGAAGACCAACUAUUCCUGACUAUCCAAUAUCAGAACCGUACGAAGGUCCACUGGAAGCUACGAACAAACGAGAAGAUAUCGAAUCUCAGCCAAUUCACAAUAUCGUCACUGUGUAUCACAGUGGCCGAUCCGAUAUUCCUCAAGAGCCAGUCGCACCACCACCAGCUCCAGUCGAAGUUAUUGCAGUUGUUCCUGCAAGAGACAUGUACUACGACUAUCCUACUACGGCAGCCUACGAAGGACCACUGGAGAGCACAACUCGCGUGACAGACAUCGAAGGUGAGCCUCUCACCUAUCAUGUGAGCGUGUACCACAGUGGCAGAUCUGAUGAACCGGCACCUAAACCAGAGAAACCCGAAGAAGAGCCACUCGACAUCGCUGAAGCAGCCAAGGCUCUCGGUGGAAAGAUCAGUGGCUUCUUCAAGAAGGGUCCUGCUCAUCUCGACUAUCCCGUAUCGGAAGUCUACGAGGGACCACUUGACAGCACGAAUCGCGUCACUGACAUUGAAGGUGAACCACUCACCCACCAUGUCACAGUCUACCACAGCGGAAGAUCUGAUGAGCCAGUGCCGAAGCCAGAAGAAGAGCCCAGAAUUGACAUCGCUGAUGCUGCCAAGACCUUCGGUGACAAGAUCACUGGACUGUUCAAGAGAAGACCAACUAUUCCUGACUAUCCAAUAUCAGAACCGUACGAAGGUCCACUGGAAGCUACGAACAAACGAGAAGAUAUCGAAUCUCAGCCAAUUCACAAUAUCGUCACUGUGUAUCACAGUGGCCGAUCCGAUAUUCCUCAAGAGCCAGUCGCACCACCACCAGCUCCAGUCGAAGUUAUUGCAGUUGUUCCUGCAAGAGACAUGUACUACGACUAUCCUACUACGGCAGCCUACGAAGGACCACUGGAGAGCACAACUCGCGUGACAGACAUCGAAGGUGAGCCUCUCACCUAUCAUGUGAGCGUGUACCACAGUGGCAGAUCUGAUGAACCGGCACCUAAACCAGAGAAACCCGAAGAAGAGCCACUCGACAUCGCUGAAGCAGCCAAGGCUCUCGGUGGAAAGAUCAGUGGCUUCUUCAAGAAGGGUCCUGCUCAUCUCGACUAUCCCGUAUCGGAAGUCUACGAGGGACCACUUGACAGCACGAAUCGCGUCACUGACAUUGAAGGUGAACCACUCACCCACCAUGUCACAGUCUACCACAGCGGAAGAUCUGAUGAGCCAGUGCCGAAGCCAGAAGAAGAGCCCAGAAUUGACAUCGCUGAUGCUGCCAAGACCUUCGGUGACAAGAUCACUGGACUGUUCAAGAGAAGACCAACUAUUCCUGACUAUCCAAUAUCAGAACCGUACGAAGGUCCACUGGAAGCUACGAACAAACGAGAAGAUAUCGAAUCUCAGCCAAUUCACAAUAUCGUCACUGUGUAUCACAGUGGCCGAUCCGAUAUUCCUCAAGAGCCAGUCGCACCACCACCAGCUCCAGUCGAAGUUAUUGCAGUUGUUCCUGCAAGAGACAUGUACUACGACUAUCCUACUACGGCAGCCUACGAAGGACCACUGGAGAGCACAACUCGCGUGACAGACAUCGAAGGUGAGCCUCUCACCUAUCAUGUGAGCGUGUACCACAGUGGCAGAUCUGAUGAACCGGCACCUAAACCAGAGAAACCCGAAGAAGAGCCACUCGACAUCGCUGAAGCAGCCAAGGCUCUCGGUGGAAAGAUCAGUGGAUUCUUCAAGAAGGGUCCUGCUCAUCUCGACUAUCCCGUAUCGGAAGUCUACGAGGGACCACUUGACAGCACGAAUCGCGUCACUGACAUUGAAGGUGAACCACUCACCCACCAUGUCACAGUCUACCACAGCGGAAGAUCUGAUGAGCCAGUGCCGAAGCCAGAAGAAGAGCCCAGAAUUGACAUCGCUGAUGCUGCCAAGACCUUCGGUGACAAGAUCACUGGACUGUUCAAGAGAAGACCAACUAUUCCUGACUAUCCAAUAUCAGAACCGUACGAAGGUCCACUGGAAGCUACGAACAAACGAGAAGAUAUCGAAUCUCAGCCAAUUCACAAUAUCGUCACUGUGUAUCACAGUGGCCGAUCCGAUAUUCCUCAAGAGCCAGUCGCACCACCACCAGCUCCAGUCGAAGUUAUUGCAGUUGUUCCUGCAAGAGACAUGUACUACGACUAUCCUACUACGGCAGCCUACGAAGGACCACUGGAGAGCACAACUCGCGUGACAGACAUCGAAGGUGAGCCUCUCACCUAUCAUGUGAGCGUGUACCACAGUGGCAGAUCUGAUGAACCGGCACCUAAACCAGAGAAACCCGAAGAAGAGCCACUCGACAUCGCUGAAGCAGCCAAGGCUCUCGGUGGAAAGAUCAGUGGCUUCUUCAAGAAGGGUCCUGCUCAUCUCGACUAUCCCGUAUCGGAAGUCUACGAGGGACCACUUGACAGCACGAAUCGCGUCACUGACAUUGAAGGUGAACCACUCACCCACCAUGUCACAGUCUACCACAGCGGAAGAUCUGAUGAGCCAGUGCCGAAGCCAGAAGAAGAGCCCAGAAUUGACAUCGCUGAUGCUGCCAAGACCUUCGGUGACAAGAUCACUGGACUGUUCAAGAGAAGACCAACUAUUCCUGACUAUCCAAUAUCAGAACCGUACGAAGGUCCACUGGAAGCUACGAACAAACGAGAAGAGAUCGAAUCUCAGCCAAUUCACAAUAUCGUCACUGUGUAUCACAGUGGCCGAUCCGAUAUUCCUCAAGAGCCAGUCGCACCACCACCAGCUCCAGUCGAAGUUAUUGCAGUUGUUCCUGCAAGAGACAUGUACUACGACUAUCCUACUACGGCAGCCUACGAAGGACCACUGGAGAGCACAACUCGCGUGACAGACAUCGAAGGUGAGCCUCUCACCUAUCAUGUGAGCGUGUACCACAGUGGCAGAUCUGAUGAACCGGCACCUAAACCAGAGAAACCCGAAGAAGAGCCACUCGACAUCGCUGAAGCAGCCAAGGCUCUCGGUGGAAAGAUCAGUGGCUUCUUCAAGAAGGGUCCUGCUCAUCUCGACUAUCCCGUAUCGGAAGUCUACGAGGGACCACUUGACAGCACGAAUCGCGUCACUGACAUUGAAGGUGAACCACUCACCCACCAUGUCACAGUCUACCACAGCGGAAGAUCUGAUGAGCCAGUGCCGAAGCCAGAAGAAGAGCCCAGAAUUGACAUCGCUGAUGCUGCCAAGACCUUCGGUGACAAGAUCACUGGACUGUUCAAGAGAAGACCAACUAUUCCUGACUAUCCAAUAUCAGAACCGUACGAAGGUCCACUGGAAGCUACGAACAAACGAGAAGAUAUCGAAUCUCAGCCAAUUCACAAUAUCGUCACUGUGUAUCACAGUGGCCGAUCCGAUAUUCCUCAAGAGCCAGACGCACCACCACCAGCUCCAGUCGAAGUUAUUGCAGUUGUUCCUGCAAGAGACAUGUACUACGACUAUCCUACUACGGCAGCCUACGAAGGACCACUGGAGAGCACAACUCGCGUGACAGACAUCGAAGGUGAGCCUCUCACCUAUCAUGUGAGCGUGUACCACAGUGGCAGAUCUGAUGAACCGGCACCUAAACCAGAGAAACCCGAAGAAGAGCCACUCGACAUCGCUGAAGCAGCCAAGGCUCUCGGUGGAAAGAUCAGUGGCUUCUUCAAGAAGGGUCCUGCUCAUCUCGACUAUCCCGUAUCGGAAGUCUACGAGGGACCACUUGACAGCACGAAUCGCGUCACUGACAUUGAAGGUGAACCACUCACCCACCAUGUCACAGUCUACCACAGCGGAAGAUCUGAUGAGCCAGUGCCGAAGCCAGAAGAAGAGCCCAGAAUUGACAUCGCUGAUGCUGCCAAGACCUUCGGUGACAAGAUCACUGGACUGUUCAAGAGAAGACCAACUAUUCCUGACUAUCCAAUAUCAGAACCGUACGAAGGUCCACUGGAAGCUACGAACAAACGAGAAGAUAUCGAAUCUCAGCCAAUUCACAAUAUCGUCACUGUGUAUCACAGUGGCCGAUCCGAUAUUCCUCAAGAGCCAGUCGCACCACCACCAGCUCCAGUCGAAGUUAUUGCAGUUGUUCCUGCAAGAGACAUGUACUACGACUAUCCUACUACGGCAGCCUACGAAGGACCACUGGAGAGCACAACUCGCGUGACAGACAUCGAAGGUGAGCCUCUCACCUAUCAUGUGAGCGUGUACCACAGUGGCAGAUCUGAUGAACCGGCACCUAAACCAGAGAAACCCGAAGAAGAGCCACUCGACAUCGCUGAAGCAGCCAAGGCUCUCGGUGGAAAGAUCAGUGGCUUCUUCAAGAAGGGUCCUGCUCAUCUCGACUAUCCCGUAUCGGAAGUCUACGAGGGACCACUUGACAGCACGAAUCGCGUCACUGACAUUGAAGGUGAACCACUCACCCACCAUGUCACAGUCUACCACAGCGGAAGAUCUGAUGAGCCAGUGCCGAAGCCAGAAGAAGAGCCCAGAAUUGACAUCGCUGAUGCUGCCAAGACCUUCGGUGACAAGAUCACUGGACUGUUCAAGAGAAGACCAACUAUUCCUGACUAUCCAAUAUCAGAACCGUACGAAGGUCCACUGGAAGCUACGAACAAACGAGAAGAUAUCGAAUCUCAGCCAAUUCACAAUAUCGUCACUGUGUAUCACAGUGGCCGAUCCGAUAUUCCUCAAGAGCCAGUCGCACCACCACCAGCUCCAGUCGAAGUUAUUGCAGUUGUUCCUGCAAGAGACAUGUACUACGACUAUCCUACUACGGCAGCCUACGAAGGACCACUGGAGAGCACAACUCGCGUGACAGACAUCGAAGGUGAGCCUCUCACCUAUCAUGUGAGCGUGUACCACAGUGGCAGAUCUGAUGAACCGGCACCUAAACCAGAGAAACCCGAAGAAGAGCCACUCGACAUCGCUGAAGCAGCCAAGGCUCUCGGUGGAAAGAUCAGUGGAUUCUUCAAGAAGGGUCCUGCUCAUCUCGACUAUCCCGUAUCGGAAGUCUACGAGGGACCACUUGACAGCACGAAUCGCGUCACUGACAUUGAAGGUGAACCACUCACCCACCAUGUCACAGUCUACCACAGCGGAAGAUCUGAUGAGCCAGUGCCGAAGCCAGAAGAAGAGCCCAGAAUUGACAUCGCUGAUGCUGCCAAGACCUUCGGUGACAAGAUCACUGGACUGUUCAAGAGAAGACCAACUAUUCCUGACUAUCCAAUAUCAGAACCGUACGAAGGUCCACUGGAAGCUACGAACAAACGAGAAGAUAUCGAAUCUCAGCCAAUUCACAAUAUCGUCACUGUGUAUCACAGUGGCCGAUCCGAUAUUCCUCAAGAGCCAGUCGCACCACCACCAGCUCCAGUCGAAGUUAUUGCAGUUGUUCCUGCAAGAGACAUGUACUACGACUAUCCUACUACGGCAGCCUACGAAGGACCACUGGAGAGCACAACUCGCGUGACAGACAUCGAAGGUGAGCCUCUCACCUAUCAUGUGAGCGUGUACCACAGUGGCAGAUCUGAUGAACCGGCACCUAAACCAGAGAAACCCGAAGAAGAGCCACUCGACAUCGCUGAAGCAGCCAAGGCUCUCGGUGGAAAGAUCAGUGGCUUCUUCAAGAAGGGUCCUGCUCAUCUCGACUAUCCCGUAUCGGAAGUCUACGAGGGACCACUUGACAGCACGAAUCGCGUCACUGACAUUGAAGGUGAACCACUCACCCACCAUGUCACAGUCUACCACAGCGGAAGAUCUGAUGAGCCAGUGCCGAAGCCAGAAGAAGAGCCCAGAAUUGACAUCGCUGAUGCUGCCAAGACCUUCGGUGACAAGAUCACUGGACUGUUCAAGAGAAGACCAACUAUUCCUGACUAUCCAAUAUCAGAACCGUACGAAGGUCCACUGGAAGCUACGAACAAACGAGAAGAUAUCGAAUCUCAGCCAAUUCACAAUAUCGUCACUGUGUAUCACAGUGGCCGAUCCGAUAUUCCUCAAGAGCCAGUCGCACCACCACCAGCUCCAGUCGAAGUUAUUGCAGUUGUUCCUGCAAGAGACAUGUACUACGACUAUCCUACUACGGCAGCCUACGAAGGACCACUGGAGAGCACAACUCGCGUGACAGACAUCGAAGGUGAGCCUCUCACCUAUCAUGUGAGCGUGUACCACAGUGGCAGAUCUGAUGAACCGGCACCUAAACCAGAGAAACCCGAAGAAGAGCCACUCGACAUCGCUGAAGCAGCCAAGGCUCUCGGUGGAAAGAUCAGUGGCUUCUUCAAGAAGGGUCCUGCUCAUCUCGACUAUCCCGUAUCGGAAGUCUACGAGGGACCACUUGACAGCACGAAUCGCGUCACUGACAUUGAAGGUGAACCACUCACCCACCAUGUCACAGUCUACCACAGCGGAAGAUCUGAUGAGCCAGUGCCGAAGCCAGAAGAAGAGCCCAGAAUUGACAUCGCUGAUGCUGCCAAGACCUUCGGUGACAAGAUCACUGGACUGUUCAAGAGAAGACCAACUAUUCCUGACUAUCCAAUAUCAGAACCGUACGAAGGUCCACUGGAAGCUACGAACAAACGAGAAGAUAUCGAAUCUCAGCCAAUUCACAAUAUCGUCACUGUGUAUCACAGUGGCCGAUCCGAUAUUCCUCAAGAGCCAGUCGCACCACCACCAGCUCCAGUCGAAGUUAUUGCAGUUGUUCCUGCAAGAGACAUGUACUACGACUAUCCUACUACGGCAGCCUACGAAGGACCACUGGAGAGCACAACUCGCGUGACAGACAUCGAAGGUGAGCCUCUCACCUAUCAUGUGAGCGUGUACCACAGUGGCAGAUCUGACGAACCGGCACCUAAACCAGAGAAACCCGAAGAAGAGCCACUCGGCAUCGCUGAAGCAGCCAAGGCUCUCGGUGGAAAGAUCAGUGGAUUCUUCAAGAAGGGUCCUGCUCAUCUCGACUAUCCCGUAUCGGAAGUCUACGAGGGACCACUCUAUAAGACAGAUCGAUCUAGUGAAUUGUUAACUCAACCCCUCAGUCACCAUGUGAGUGUUUACCAUAGCGGUUUCUCAGAUGGUUACUCAAGAACCUUGGAGGAGACUCAAGUUAGAAGGGAAUCAAAGACGAGAACUUACAGUGAAGUCGGUGCUCUAUGGAAGCAGCCAUCACUAGAAACAUACCAGCCAAGUGUAGAAAAACAAAUAGAUGAUGGUCGUGGUAAAGUCGACCUCGAUAUUCAGCUAAAAGUAAAAUCCCAAGAUGUACAAAAGGACGCCAAACUUUUUGAAAACGGUCAAGCAAAAGUAAAUGAGGAGCUUCCGGUAUUUUUGAGCGCGGACACCCUGGAGAGAGAUCAAAAACCCGUCGGCUUUUCUGUUUCAAUUAGCGCUCGACAACCAGAUGACCGCACAACUUCUGAGCUAUUCUCUUCUCUUUCGAGAGAAUCGUCGUCGGAUAAGCGGUACUACCUACGAGAUCAAUCGACUAGGAAUGAGCGCAGCUCCAAACAUCGGCUCUCUCCCCAUACCUGGACAACAGUCAAAGAGCGUACGGAAGUGACUUAUGUGCGUAAACUUCACAUAGAACGAUCACUGAGUCCAAGAGCUCGUUCACCACCACGGUCUGGCACAAUCAAAAGAGUCCCAUAUCAGCCGGCAGCUGCAACUGCCGCACAGGAACGUGGUUACUCCUGCCGAUCUAGCAACUUCGAUGAGCGAGUUUUGGUCCAUCAUCCUAUCUACCCACCGAACCAAUCCUUGUAUCGCAAUGGAGGUACAUAUGGUAACGGCGAAUCACGCAACGGACGUUCUCGAACGUAUAGCCCGGUGCGUGAGGUUGCCGCUUUUGACCGAACGGAAUGGAUUGAAAAGCAUCCCAGUUACAUACCGCCAAAUCGCCGAGCUGAUGAGAUUUUCACCGUGGGCACUCCAUUUAUCAUGGGUCAUGUGGAACGUGAUGAUAACGGUUGCGCCUAUCUGAGAUACCAAAGCAGUGGGCUACAGGAGCGUCCCCCGUUGAAAGACCGCAUAGAAGACUUACCAAUGAUCGAAGAGGGAGCCAUUGAAUGUCGCCGUGCUACAAUAAGGGCCGGACUGCGUGAUAUGGACACUGUGGGCUUGGUUCAAGAUGAGGAGGAACUCGAGCGACGACGACGUCCACUACGCCGAGCACGUCAACGCAUGCGCAACUACUGCACUAUGCUUUGA